AUUCCCAGCCUUGCCUCGGGUGUAGGGAUUGCAAGGAAAAAGCAAAACUACACGGUCUAGAUCCUGUGUAGUUUUGUUUUUUGGGUUAUAACGGGGCCCAACCGUUCUCACCUUGGAUUUUCUGGAAUCAUUUUGGAUAAGAGGAUUGUUGCUGAGGCAAUAGACACCUGGGCACAGUCCCAUCAAAUAUAGGCAGCCUUGUGAUACAAGGUGCCUCCUAUCAUGUCAACACAAGCUCCAUCGUUUACACAGCCGCUUCAGAGCGUUGUGGCACUUGAGGGUAGUGCUGCAACGUUCGAGGCUCAAGUUAGUGGUAAUCCAGUUCCAGAGGUGAGCUGGUUUCGUGAUGGCCAGGUUCUUACUGCUGCCGCUCUGCCCGGCGCUCAGAUCUCAUUCAGCGAUGGCCGCGCUGCUUUGAUGAUCCCCGCCGUGACAGCCGCACACAGCGGAAGAUUUUCUGUCAGAGCCACCAAUGGCGCUGGACAAGCCACUAGCACAGCUGAACUGCUGGUUACAGCGGAAACUGCGCAGCCAAGCUUUAUUCAGAGACUACAAAGUAUGACCGUGAGACAAGGAAGCCAAGUGAGACUGGAUGUUCGAGUUGCAGGAAUCCCUACACCUGUGGUGAAGUUUUACAGAGAGGGAGCUGAGAUUCAAAGCUCCGCUGACUUUCAGAUUCUUCAGGAUGGAGACCUUUACAGCUUGUGGAUCGCUGAAGCUUUCCCAGAAGAUUCAGGAACGUAUUCUGUCAGUGCUUCUAACAGCAGUGGACGUGUGACCUCAACCGCCGAGCUUCUAGUUCAAGGCGAGGAGCUUGCAGUGCCUGCUAAGAAGACUAAGACUAUCGUGUCAACCUCUGAGACUCGACAGGCUAGAAUUGAAAAGACAAUGGAGGCCUCUUAUGAGUCUUCAGACAUGAUGGAAAUGCAGAUUGAGGAUGGUGAUUUUGCUCACAAAGCACAUCCUCAUGUGCCUCAAAAGCCAUCGACAGGGGUGACAAAGGUUACAUCUCCUCGCCAACAGUCCCCCUCUCCUGUGAGAUCUGUUAAAGGCCCCAGUCACGCACCUCACAGAUCUACUUCUCCUUUAAGAAUGUCUGGGUCUCCAAUCAGACCAGUGAAAUCUCCAAUGACAUUUACCAAGCCAUUAGCACAGGGUGAGGAGGUUCCUCCACCGUGGAAGCAAGAGGGUUAUGUGGGAGAGCCCAGCUAUACCAGUUUGACUUCUGGGACAUCAUAUGUCCAGACCUCAUCCACAUUUGCCCACAAGGAGCAGCAAUGGGAAGGUUCUUUUACUUUACAGCAACAAGCUGGUGGAGUCGCUUUUAAAGAGAUUGCUGAGACUGCAGGAAUCCCAUCCUACACACAAGAGCAAGUGAUGCCUCCAACUGUUGUAGCUGGUUUAAAGAACGUGAGCGUCACUGAGGGAGAUUAUGUGACUUUGGAGUGCCAGAUUUCAGGUCACCCCACUCCAGCCAUUAUGUGGUUCAGAGAAGAUUACAGAAUCGAGAACUCCAUUGAUUUCCAGAUCACUUAUGAAGACAGUUUUGCCCGUUUGGUGAUUCGCGAGGCCUUUGCUGAAGAUAGUGGCCGCUUCACUUGCACUGCUACCAGUGAGGCUGGAACCAUCAGCACCUCCUGCUACCUGCUGGUCAAAGUUUCAGAAGAUAUUGACAGCCGAGAGGAAUACACUUCUGUCUCUGAACAUGUUGAAUUGGCAGCUCAGGAAAGACAGUAUAUGGCUGAAGCCAAAGAGGAGAUCAUGUCUGAAAUGAGUGCUGUCUCUGAGUCUGUGGAUGCUGGAGCAGGCACUGCCCCAUUCUUUAUAAAGAAGCCCACAGUUCAAAAACUGGUUGAGGGUGGCAGUGUUGUCUUUGAGUGCCAGAUCGGAGGCAGCCCCAAACCACAUGUUUACUGGAAGAAAAGUGGAAUCCCACUCACUACUGGAUAUAGGUACCGAGUAGCUUAUAAUAAAGACACAGGGGCCUGUAAGCUGGAGAUCUCCAUGACGUUCCCCGAUGAUGCUGGAGAGUACACCAUCUUUGCCAGGAACCAACUUGGAGAGAUCUCUGCCUCAGCCGUGCUGCUUGACGAAGAGUCAUAUGAUCUGUAUAUGAAGAAACAAGAAGUAACAUAUAAGACAGAAGUAACCGUUGAGGAGCCAAAAGUUGCUGAUGUGCCUGCUUUUACCGAGAGCGAAACUGAGAAAGAGAUGCUCAUCCAAAGAAGGAUGGCUCAGCAAUCCCAGAUGAUGCGGACCCUUCUCACAGAACAGGAGUUCCAGAUCUCUCAUUUUGAGCAGAGAUGCAUCCAAGAAAUUGAGUUCCGUCUACUUAAGAUUACUUAUCAGGAGUUGGUGACCGAGGAUGGGGAGCGUAUGGAUAUGAGCGUUUCUGAGCAUGAUGCUGUUUAUCCAGUAUUUAAUACCCCAGUUAAACAUUACAGACUCAGGGAGGGAAUGAGUGCAACUUUCCAUUGCAGGAUGACAGGAACUCCACUCCCUAAGAUUACCUGGUAUAAAGAUGGCAGCCGCAUUACACAUGGAGGUCGCUAUCAGAUGGAGGUUCUGCAGGAUGGUAGAGCCAGUCUGCGUCUUCCCGUGGUGCUGCCAGAAGAUGAGGGCGUCUACACUGCUUUGAUCAGUAACAUAAAGGGUAAUGCUGUCAGCUCUGGAAAGCUGUCUGUUGAGCCAACCGGGACAGCACAGCCACAGUAUGCUCAACCAGGGGCAGUUCAAAGAAUUCGGUCCACGUCACCACGCUCUUUAAGUCGUUCCCCUGGGCGCUCACCUGCACGUAGACUUGAUGACACAGAUGAGAUACAGCUAGAAAGGCUGUACAAGCCUGUGUUUGUACAGAAGCCAUCAUCAUUAAAGUGCUCUGAGGGACAGACUGCACGAUUUGAUCUGAAAGUGGUUGGAAGACCCAUGCCUGACACUUACUGGUUCCACAAUGGACAACAAGUGGGAAAUGACUACACCCAUAAGAUUGUGAUAAAGGAGGAUGGAACUCAGUCGAUGAUUGUGGUUCCUGCCAUGCCGCAGGACUCUGGAGAGUGGACAGUUGUUGCUCAGAACAGAGCUGGAAAGACUUCUGUAUCCAUCACUCUUACUGUUGAAGCCAAAGAAAACCUGGUGAGACCCCAGUUUAUUGAGAAAUUAAGAAACAUCAGUGUUAAAGAAGGUACUUUGGUGGAGCUGGCUGUCAAAGCCAUUGGCAAUCCCCUUCCUGACAUUGUCUGGCUGAAGAACAGUGACAUCAUCUCCCCGAACAAACAUCCAAACAUCAGGAUUGAGGGUGGUAGAGGUGAGGCUUGUUUUAAGAUUCCUUCAAGUGUCGGAUCAGAUAGUGCCUGGUAUACGGCUACUGCCAUUAACAAAGCUGGCAGAGACACCACUCGCUGCAAAGUCAAUGUGGAGGUGGGCACAGUCCAGCCUCAACCUGAGAAGAGGCUUAUCAUUCCCAAGGGAACGUACAAGGCCAAAGAAAUCGCUGCACCGGAGUUGGAGCCACUGCAUCUUCGCUAUGGCCAAGAUCAAUGGGAAGAGGGCGAUCUCUAUGACAAAGAGAAACAGCAGAAGCCACACUUUAAAAAGAAGUUGACCUCAGUCAGACUAAAGCGAUUUGGACCAGCUCACUUUGAGUGUAGAUUGACCCCUAUUGGCGACCCAACCAUGAUUGUUGAGUGGCUACAUGAUAGCAAGCCACUGGAAGCUGCUAACAGACUGCGUAUGGUAAAUGAGUUUGGGUAUUGCAGUCUUGACUAUGAAGCUGCUUAUUCCAGGGACAGUGGUAUCAUUACUUGCAGAGCCACCAACAAGUUUGGUGUUGACCAGACCUCUGCAACAUUGAUUGUUAAAGACGAGAAGAGUCUGGUGGAGGAGAGCCAGCUGCCAGAAGGAAGGAGAGGACAAAGAAUAGAUGAAAUUGAGCGUAUUGCCCAUGAGGGUGGCCCUUCAGGAGUUACUGGAGAUGAUGUACUUGAGAAGACUAAGCCAGAGAUUGUGAUGCUUCCAGAGCCAAUAAGAGUUAUGGAAGGGGAUACCGCUAAAUUCCGUACAAGGGUGACCGGCUACCCAACUCCAAAAGUCAACUGGUACCUUAAUGGACUGCUCAUUCGCAAGAGCAAAAGAUUCAGACUGUUAUUUGAUGGCAUUCACUACUUGGAAAUUGUAGACACCAAAUCCUAUGAUUCAGGAGAUGUUAAAGUUGUGGCUGAAAACCCUGAAGGCGUAGUUGAACAUGUUGUGAAAUUUGAGAUUCAGCAGAGGGAGGACUUCAGGUCAGUCUUGCGCCGUGCUCCUGAGAUUAAGGUUCCUGCACCUGUGCCAUCCCAAGAGCAUGGCAGAGUCUCCUUUGAGGUUGUCAAAGCUGAGAAGCCAUCCGAGCUCUCUAAAGACAAGGAAGUGGUUAAGCUGAGGAAAACUGAGAGAUUGACCCAUGAGAAACUAACAGAAGAGACAGAAGAACUGAGAAGCAAGUUUAAACGUAGGACCCAGGAGGGCUACUAUGAAGCAAUAACUGCAGUUGAGCUAAAGUCCCGCAAGAAGGACGAGUCUUAUGAAGAUAUGCUAAGGAAGAGAAAGGAAGAACUCCUUCAUCGGGCCAAAGAACUAGCGUCUGAAGCUGAAAUUCUUAAAGAAGAGGAACGGAAACUGACUAUUCCCAAAUUCAAGCCAGAGAGAAUUGUACUCUCUCCUAGCAUGGAGGCUCCAAAGAUCAUGGAACGAAUCCAGAGCCAGACAGUUUGCUUGGGUGAUGAAGUACACUUCCGUUGUAGAGUCACCGGUAAACCAGAUCCAGAGUGUCAGUGGUUCAAGAAUGGAAUCCUACUGGAGAAAACAGACCGGGUUUACUGGUACUGGCCAGAGGACCAGGUCUGUGAACUAGUGAUCUUGAAUGUUUCAGCUGAGGACUCAGCGAGUGUGAUGAUCAAAGCCAUGAAUGUUGCUGGUGAGACCUCAAGCCAUGCCUUCCUGCUGGUUCAAGGAAAACAAGUUAUUUCAUUCACACAACAACUAGAAGAUUUGAAUGCUAAAGAGAAAGACACCAUGGUGACCUUUGAAUGUGAAACAAAUGAGCCAUUUGUCAAGGUCAAAUGGCUUAAAAACAACGCAGAAAUUUUCUCCGGAGACAAAUACAGGAUGCACUCUGACAGAAAGGUGCAUUUCUUGUCUGUGCUGGUGAUUGAAAUGAAGGAUGAAGCAGAGUACAGUUGUGUGGUUGCUGACGAUGAACACAUAAGAACUACUAGCACACUUCAUGUUGAAGGUGCACCACUUGAAAUUGUAAAGAACCUUGAGAAUACAGAAGUGCCUGAGACAUACGCUGGAGAGUUUGAAUGCGUUUUGUCACGUGAGGAUGCUGAAGGCACCUGGUAUUUCGAGAACAAAGAAAUCACUCCUAGUCUCAAAUAUGUCGUGUCCGCACGUCGUGGUCGCCAUAGUCUUUCUGUGAAAGACGUUAAGAAGGAGGACCAAGGAAAGUACACCUUCAAAGUGGGAGAUCUUAAGACAAGUGCCUCCCUUAAAAUGAAAUUGCGCCCCGUCACUCUGAUGCAAGGACUUUCUGACCUGACGAUCUGUGAGGGUGAUAUUGCCCAGCUUGAAGUGAGAUUCUCUCAAGAAAAUGUGGAAGGCUCGUGGAUGAAGAAUGGUCAGGCCAUCUCUGCUUCCAGUAAGAUUCACAUGGUCAUCGACAAAGUCACCCAUAAGCUCCUCAUUGAAGAUGCCAGUAAGGAUGAUGCUGGGAUCUACUCCUUUGAAGUACCUGCUCAGGACAUUUCUACAUCUGCAAAACUAACAGUUCAGAUCAUUGGCUUCUUGGCACCACUAAAGGACAUUUCCACAGUGGAAGGCACUAAAGCUGUCCUGGAGGCUAAAAUCUCUGCCCCUGAUAUAAGCUCAAUAAAAUGGUACCACAAUGAUAAGCUUGUGACAGCGAGUGACAGAGUCCAGGUGGUUGUCAAAGGAUCCAAACAGAGACUUGCCAUAAGCAGGACCUACGCUUCAGAUGAAGGACACUAUAAACUGAUUGUUGGCAAAGUGGACUCAACCUGUACACUUUCUGUCCAGAAAAUCAGUAUUGUUAAACACAUGGAGGACUGUGUUUGCACCGAGACUCAGAACGUCACUUUUGAGACAGAGGUAUCCCACCCUGGCAUUGAUGCUCUUUGGACUUUCAAGGGUCAACCUUUGAAAGCAGGUGCAAAGUACAAGAUUGAGUCCAAAGGUACACACCAUAGCCUUACCGUUCUGAAUGCCAUGAAGGAUGAGGAGGGAGAGUACACGUUUAUGGCUGGCGAGAAGGAAUCCAGAGCACAGCUUAUUGUAUCAGGCGGUGCUAUAAACAGGCCACUCCUUGAUGUAACUGUAGCAGAAUCUCAGACUGCAGAACUGGAGUGUGAAGUCGCAAAUCCCACCACAGAAGGCAAAUGGCUGAAAAAUGGCCAACCUGUUGACUUCAGUGAUAAUGUGACCAGUGAAAGUGAUGGCACUGUCAGACGACUGGUCAUCACCAUCACUCGACCACAAGAUGUUGGAGAGUACACAUACCAGGUGGCAAACUCCAAAACAUCAGCUAACUUGAAAGUCGAAGCUGUAAAAAUCAAGAAGACAGUAAAGAACCAGACUGUUACUGAGACCCAGGACGCAGUGUUCAGUCUUGAGCUCACCCAUUUAGACGUCAAAGGAUCCCAGUGGAUCAAGAAUGGAGUAGAAAUUGUUCCCAGCGAUAAACAUGAGAUAACCGUAGAGGGCGUGGUGCACACCCUGAAGAUCAAGGACUGCACCACGCAAGAUGAAUCAGUCUAUGGAUUUAAACUCGGAAAGCUCUCUGCUAAUGCCAGACUGAAUGUUGAAACUAUCAAAAUUGUGAAGAAGCCUAAGGAUGUAACAUCACUGUUGGGCGCCACCGCCUCUUUUGAGCUGAGUUUGUCCCAUGAUGACAUUCCAGUUCAGUGGAUGUUCAAUAACCAAGAGCUCAAGCCAAGUUCAAAUGUCAAAAUACUGUCUGAGAGGAAGGCCCACAAACUUGUCAUUCAGAGUGUUGAAGACCACAUGGCUGGAGAAUACAUCGCCGUGGUUGGACAUAUGCAGUGCAGUGCACAUCUUCAUGUGGAAUCUUUGAGAGUCACAAAACCUCUGAAGAACAUUGAGGUUCCAGAGACCCAGGUUGCCACAUUCGAGUGUGAAGUUUCACAUUUUAAUGUCCCAUCUGCCUGGCUGAAGGAUGAGGUUGAGAUUGAGAUGAGCGAGAAGUUUGGAAUUGUGGUCCAGGGUAAAUUGCAUCAGUUGAAGGUUAUGAACACCAACCAAGAGGACACUGCAGAAUACACAUUUGUGUGCGGAAAUGACUCCGUCUCAGCUACCCUGACUGUUAACCCAAUUAUCCUCACAUCCGAGCUUCAGGAUCUAAAUGCUAAAGAGAAAGACACUGUAACGUUUGAGGUGACUGUCAACUAUGAAAGCAUUGCCCACAAAUGGCUGAAGAACGGAGUAGAGAUCCGUUCCAGCGAUAGAUGCCAAACUCGCUUCAAACAUCUCACUCACUCUCUUACUAUCCGUAACGUUCACUUUGGAGAUGUUGGGGAGUACAAGUUUGUCGCUGGAUCUGCCGAGACUUCAGCAAACCUUUUUGUUGACGCUCGUGUAAUUGAAUUCACAAAGCCCAUCCAUGACAUCAAAGUAACUGAGAAGAAGAAGGCUAUCUUUGAAUGUGAGCUCUCUGAACCCAACAUCCAAGUGAUGUGGAUGAAGAAUGGGCAAGAACUGGAAAUGUCUGACAGGUUUAAAUCCACCUCUGAGAAACAAAUACAGCGAUUGAUCAUUCAGACAGUGCGCAUGUCCGAUGCUGGAGAGUACUCGGUGGUUGCCGGUGGAAGUGUUGCUAAAGCUUCACUUACAGUGGAGGGCAAGGAUGUUACGAUCUCUGAGCCUGCUGAAAGAAACAUCAAUGUGGUUGAGAAACAGAGAGCUACAUUUGAGUUUGAAGUUAAUGAGGAUGAAAUCGAAGGCCGCUGGCUAAAAAAUGGUGUUGAAAUUCAAUUUUCUGAGGAGAGAUUCAAAUAUGUGACUGUUAGAAAAACACAUCGCUUGACAAUUAUUGAAACCUUCAGAAGUGAUUCUGGUGAAUAUACUUUCAUUGCUGGGAAGAACAGGAGCUCCGUCCAUCUAUAUGUCCAGAUCCCUGAGCCUCCUCAGAUUGUCAAUGAAUUACAACCUCUAUCUGUUGAGGCUGGCAAGCCUGCACGUUUCUCCGUGGUGGUGACAGGAACCCCUCAACCCCAGGUAUCCUGGUACAAGAACUCUCAGGCUCUGUCCUCUGGGUUCAAGUGUAAGUUCCUGAGGGAUGCCAGUGAGUGCGCAUUGCUCCUCAUUGAGGUCUUCCCAGAAGAUGCAGCCCUGUACACCUGUGAAGCUAAGAAUGACUAUGGAGUAGCCACAAGCUCUGCUUCACUUAAUGUAGAAGUUUCAGAAGUGGUUUCUACAGACAUUGUAGCUCCAGUGCCACCACCAGUAAUCAUUGCAUCACUUCAAAGUACUUCUGUUGAAGAAGGAGAAUCAGCAAGUUUCCAGUGCCGUGUGUCUGGAGAUGAUUUGACGAUUACAUGGUACUGCAAGGAUAAAGAAAUAGUGGAGUCAGACAACUUCAGAAUGUCUCAGAUUGACGAUAGCUGCCAACUGGACAUUUCCAGAGCUUAUGUGACCGAUGCAGGGGAAUAUACAUGUGUUGCACGCAAUUCUGGAGGAAUGGUCUCUUGCACUGGAGUUUUAAUAGUCAAUGAUGGCAGUGUGAAAACAGUAGGUAGGCAAAGUGUUUCAAGUGGCGGAAUAUCUCGGUCAGAGUUGUUCACCUCCCAGACCAUGAGUGAGACUCAUUCGUCCACUAUGCAAACUUAUGAAUCUGUGUCUACCAUGAUGAUGUCCACAACAUCUGUUAAAAACAUAGAGGUCCAACAAGUGACCUCUGUGGAAACUUACUCUUCGAGCCCUGUGUUGACCCACAAAAUGAGUGACCUCAGUGUAAACCUGGGCGAUGUGGCACAGUUUGAUUGUUCCUUCAGUGGACAGCCGUUUACAGAGAUUGAAUGGAAUCAUAAUGGAAGACCAAUCCCAAAAACAGAAAGGGUGCAGUAUGUUAAUCAAGGAGGUGUCAUAUCUCUCGUCAUACUCAAUGUGCAGCUUGGAGACCAGGGAAGUUACUGCUGUACUGUUAAAAAUAGAAAUGGCGAGAGUCAAACGUCUGCACAGCUUACAGUAGAAGCUAAAGAAGCGAAUCCCAACGAAACCCCCGUACCCUCCGAUUCAAUCAGUAAAUCUUCUAAAACCGAAAAUGAAUCAAGUAAAAAGGCCUCUGAGCAGGAAAAACAGGAGACUUUACAGAAUGUUGGAGACCUGGCAUCAAAGUGGCAGAUAAGCCGACAUUACGAUCCUGAUGUUAUACCUUUGUUGGAGCGUGACAUGUACGAUGCAAUUCAGCCAGAGUUCCUUGUGAAACUAUCCACAGAAUUCCUUGCCAAACAAAAGGAGAGUGUUUUUCCUUAUUAUGUAUUCAAAGGAAGACCCUCUCCGUUUAUUAUAUGGCUACACAAGCAGUUGAUCAAUGAAGAGCCAAGGUCAUACUUCUUGAAACAUGAUGAGCCCUUGUGCUGCUUAAAUGUAAAGAACCUCGGUUCUGGUCAAGGGGGCACAAAUUCUUGCAAGGUUAUCAAUGAUGCAGAAGACAAAACAUGCAGCACUCGGACAGUGUCCAAGGUGGAAGAAGAGACAGUUCAUGAAGAAGAAGUCAGAGUGCCUCCAGUUUUCACGAGGAAGAUAACUGACAUGGACACCAACGUUGGCAGCCCCGUGAAGUUUGAAUGUGAGAUUGAAGAUGCGCCUAAUGUGACUUUCAAGUGGUUCAGGUCUGGAUCAGAAAUCAAACAGGGUGACAAGUACAGGAUCAUCAGCAAGGGCAGCUCCUCAUCCUUGGAGCUCCUCAACCCAACAAAGGCAGAUGCUGGAGAAUACAUGUGCCGUAUCUCAAAUAAGCAUGGUAGUGACAGCUGCGCCGCUAAGCUGAGCAUCACUGAAACCCCCUUCAUCAGAAAAGAAUUACCAAUGGAUGUAGAGACCUGUGCUUUAUUUGGACAUGAGGUCUUUGAUACUGCCCCAUUUGACAUGAACGGGUUUAUGCAUAAGAGAUGUGUUACUUCUGACAAAACACAAAUAUUAUUUGAGGAUUUAAUCGGAUAUUUGGACAAGCAUCCCUUUGAAAGUUCAAAUGUUGGGGAGUACCAAUGUUACCUGUCAAACGAAGUUGGAAAAAUCGUCUCAAAAUCAGUUGGUAUGAUAAGAGAGCCGGCCAAGUUUGUGAAGAAGUUGACAGACAUGACUAUCCCAAUGAGUCAGAAACUGAAACUUCAGUGCACAUUUACCGGAGCACCCAAGAUGUUUGUUACAUGGUACAAAGAUGGAAAGCAACUCUAUGCCUCCUACAGAUACAACACAUGGAUAAAUGAUGACACUUGCAGCUUGGAGUGUCUUCAUGAGUGUAAUAAUGAGACAGCUGGACAAUACUCUUGUGAGGUGUCCAAUUCCUAUGGAACUGAUAUCUGUCAUGCCCAAGUUACGACUGAGCGCAAAAUUCCACCAACCUUCACUAAGAAACCCUCAGAGCAAGUUGAGGAUAGCGAGGGCAAAUUGGUGAAGCUUGAGGCUCGAGUGACUGGCUCACAACCUCUGUCUGUAAGCUGGUACAAAGAUAACGGAGAGAUCUUGAGCUCUGACGUCUGUGACAUUUCCUUCAAUAACAAUGUGGCUGUGAUGUGCAUCAAGAAUGCCAAAGCUACAGACAGUGGUGCUUACACAUGCAGUGCUUCGAAUGAAGCUGGCUCCGCCUCCUUCGAGGUGGUGGUUAACAUCAAAGAGCAAAAAAUACCACCAUCUUUUGACAUUCCCCUUAAACCCGUGACAAUCAAUGAGGAGGAAAGGCUAAACCUUAGCUGCCAUGUCUGUGGCUCCACUCCUCUGAAUAUUCAGUGGAUGAAGGACAGAAGGGAAGUCACAUCUUCUGCUAGCACCAAAAUCACAUUUGUGGAUGGCACAGCCACCCUGGAGAUAUCCAAGGCAUCCAAAACAGAUGCCGGUGACUAUUUAUGCAAAGCAACCAAUGAUGCUGGUAAUGAAUUCUCCAAAGCUAAAGUCACCAUUGCAGAAAAACGUAGUGCUGCACCAGCUAAAGUGCCAGCAGCCCCCACAGAAACUCAGGCAGUUAAAAAACUGGACAACUUGUUCUUCAUUGAGGAGCCCAAGAGCCUUCAUAUCAUUGAAAAGGGCACAGCUACCUUUAUUGCUAAAGUUGGUGGAGAUCCCAUUCCCAAUGUUAAAUGGAUGAAGGGCAAAUGGCGACAGAUGACUCACGGUGGUCGAGUGAGCAUUCAACAAAAGGGCCAAGAGGCCAAGCUGGAGAUCAAGGAGGUGACCAAAUCCGACUCUGGUCAGUACAGAUGUGUUGCCUCAAACAAACAUGGAGAAAUUGAGUGCAACGCUGACAUGAAUGUUGAACAGAAGAAAGAGACUGGACCAGAGAUGGUGACACUGAAGAAAACUCCAUCAAAGCAGAAAUCUCCAAAAGAGACCAAAGACAUUGACAUUGUUGAGCUGCUACGAAACGUAGACCCAAAAGAGUAUGAGAAAUAUGCUCGCAUGUAUGGAAUCACAGACUACCGUGGUAUCCUUCAAGCCAUUGAGAUACUGAAGAAGGAGAAAGAACACGAAAGUGGAAGACGGGAAAGCGAACAUGGGCGAGAAUACGAUGAAGAUUUGGCUAAACUUAUGUCUGAUUUGCAAAGCAGAAUGGAGCACACUGAACCUGUUACCCUGGUUAAAGACAUUAAGGACCAGACAACGCAAGUUAACAAGGACGCAACAUUUGAGUGUGAGAUCAAAAUCAACUAUCCAGAGAUUUCACUCUCUUGGUAUAAAGAUACAAGGAAGCUAGAAACAAGUGAUAAAUACGAAGUUCAAAUUGUGGAUGAUCAUCACAUAUUGAAGAUCAAGAACUGUCAGACCAGCGACCAGGGAAAUUACCGCGUUGUUUGUGGGCCACAUAUAUCCAGUGCCAGACUGACAGUAAUGGCUGACCAAAUUCAAUUCACCAAGUGCAUUCAGAAUAUCUUGGUGAAUGAACGUCAGUCGGCCACUUUUGAGUGCGAGUUGGCCUUUGACAAUGCGGUCGUCGCCUGGUUUAAAGACUCAUGGGAACUUAAAGAGAGCCCAAAAUAUACCUUCAGAUGUGAAGGACGAAGACACUUUAUGGUCAUUCGUAAUGUAACAUCUGAGGAUGAAGGCGUAUACUCUGUGAUUGCACGACUGGAGCCCGUGGGUGAAACUAAAAGUACAGCUGAGCUUUAUCUGUCAGGCAAAGAAAUUGAGUUAAGAACGCGUUCCUUUGAUGUUCCUGAUACAUCAAUACAUGUGCCUGAUGUGACAUCUGUGAUAAGUUUUAAAGAUGAAACCUCUGAAUUUCAUUAUGAAGAAAAGUCUGAAAUAACAGAGUAUCAGAGCUGGACAGUCGAAGAGAAGAGUGUUACAUAUGAAUUAUCUUCAGUGCAAGAGCUGCAGAAACCCGUUGAGGAGACUGUGACAAAACGUGUUGUAGAAAAGAUGGAAGAAGCCCCUAAGAAAGUACUGGAAGUUAUACAGCUACCAGAAGAGACACCAGACACAACGGUCAUACAGACUGCACUGAUUCCUGAAAAAGAACCCGAGGUCAGGAAACCUGUUGAGGAGAAAGUGGUCUCUCUUAAAGUGAUGGAACAAAAAGAACAACCCCCAGCCAAAGCCUCAGAGCCUAAGCCUCAGGUGCCAGCAGAACCCAAAGAGACUCCAGUGGUUGUGGCAAAGCCUGAACCUAAGCCUGAGCCAAAGGUUAUUUCAAAACCUGAGCCCAAGCCUGAGCCAAAAGUAACUCUAAAACCUGAGCCCAAGCCUGAGCCAAUAGCUACACCAAAACUUGAGCCCAAGCCUGAGCCUAAAGUUACUCUGAAACCUGAGCCCAAGGCUGAACCGAUAGCUGCACCAAAACCUGAGCCCAAGCCUGAGCCAAUACCUACACCCAAGCCUGAGCUGAUAGCUACACCAAAGCCUGACCCGAUAGCUACACCAAAAUCUGAGCCCAAGCCUGAGCCAAUACCUACACCCAAGCCUGAGCCGAUAGCUACACCAAAGCCUGAGCCAGUACCUACAUCCAAGCCUGAGCCAAAAGUUGCUGCAAAACCUGAACCCAAGCCCGAGAAAGCUGUGGCAACGUCUGUCAAAGCACCCGAAGCUCCUAAAAAGCCAGAAGCAGUACCUCAACCAGCUAUUAAAAAAGAUGAGGCUUUAACUUCAAAGCCAGACAUUGCUCAAAUUAAAGCUCCUUUGGAGAUGAAGGAGACAGUUGCUUCAAAAGUAAAGCUAGAUAAUAAACCAGAGCCGGCACUUGCUGCGCCUGUGGCAUCAAAGACAGAGCCAUCAAAGAAAGAAGUCUCUCAGCUACCUCAAGAUCUCUCAUCUACACCUGUCUUUUUCAAGCCACCAAAAGUAGAGACAGCUAGUCAGCAAAUGCACACUCCAGAGCCAGUUAGAAAACAGUCAGCUCCUCUGGAGAUUAUACAAGAACCUGCAAGAAAGCCAAUUUACCAAGAAGUGUCCAAAGCAGAACCUGAGAAAAAGGUAGAGCCUUUGCCUAAACCUUCGGAGGCCCGGGAAGCAGAACGAGUUAAAAAACAAGACCCACCAAAGAUGGAACCAAUUACAAAGCCACCAGUUGCUUACAAAAAGGAGACUUCUUUACAGAAAGUGGUUGAAGUAAAGCCUGCAGAAGUAUCGUCUGAGAGAAAACCAGUGGGUACACUGGAGACUGAGAUGCCCUCAGCCAAAGUCUUUUCAGCUUCAGAAAGUAUUGACCAAAUUCCCAAUAAAGUGGAACUAACAACACAAAAGAUUUACAUGAAGGAAGAAGUUUGUCUGACUAAGGAAAUCGUAAAGGAGAGUCGUGGCAUUUCUCAUAUGCCUGAGGAAGUUUUGCCCGUCCAAGCUGAAGAGCGUAUUGUUGGUCAUCACAGUAGAGAACAAACUGAUAGAAAUGUGAAGAUGAUUGAAACGGAGGUCUCCAGAAUGCCAGAACAAGCACCAGCUUUAGAGAUGGCUGAAACGAAGAAGGAGAUAUUAGUGACAUCUAGUAUUUCAAAAAGAGAUGAACGCUUCACAGAUGUGGUGGUUCCUAGCAGUGAGACAUCACUGGAAAGGCAAGAAAUUACACAGAAUGAAAAGUAUGCAGUGAAGGAUAGUUCAAUCCAGAAGAAACAUGUCACCACUGAAACAGAGGUGAUCAUUCAAAGACAAGAAGUUGUUCCCAAGAAAACUACUGAAGCCAAGUUUGUUCAUGAAGCCAAGAGUUCACAGACAGAACCUCCUCAGAUGACACCAGCAGUUAAGGCAAAAGAGAUUGGAAACGAAUCAGAUAAAGUGCAUGACAAAGACGAGAAGACCCAGGCUGUAGCAUCUUCUGUGUCAGAAGUUAUUUCUUCUACAAAAGAACCAGAAUUGGUGAAGCAAUCUGAACCCAUUGCACCCAAGCCAACUGUGAUUCCAGUUGAACAAAAAAGAUUGCCUCCUUCAAAAGAGCCCACCGUUGAAAAGAAACCAGCACCCGAAGCACCAAAACCAACUGUGGCUCCAGUUGAAAAGAAACCCACUGUUGAAAAGAUAGCAGUACCUGAAGCGCCAAAACCAACUGUGGCUCCAGUUGAAAAGAAAGUACUGCCACCUCCUAAAGAAGAGCCCAUCGUUGAAAAGAAACCAGCACUUGAAACACCAAAGCUGGCUCCAGUUGUGGCUCCAGUUGAAAAGAAAGUACUGCCUCCUCCUAAAGAGCCAAUUGUUGAAAAGAAACCAACACCUGAAGCGCCAAAGCCGACUGUGGCCCCAGUUGAAAAGAAAGUACUGUCUCCUGUUAAAGAGCCAAUUGUUGAAAAGAAAUCAAAGCCAGUGGUUGAAAAGAAACCAGAACCUGAAGCACCCAAACCAACUGUGGCUCCAGUUGAAAAGAAAGUACUGCCUCCUCCUAAAGAGCCCAUCGUUGAAAAGAAAGCAGUACCUGAAGCACCAAAACCAACUGUGGCUCCACUCGAAAAGAAAGUACUGCCUCCUCCUAAAGAGCCCACUGUUGAAAAGGCACCAGUUCCUGAAGCACCAAAGCCGACUGUGGCUCCUGUUGAACAGAAAAUAUUGCCUCCUAAAGAGCCCAUUGUUGAAAAGACACCUGAACCUGAAGCACCAAAACCAACAGCAGCUCCACUUGAACCUAAACUUUCUCCUCCUACAGAUGCAGACGGCCCUGUCACUGCUCCAGGUCCUCCACCAAAAGAAACAACUAGCACCUCUCAAGCACUUCUUAAACAAAAGAGUAAAAUUUCUGUGAAAGAAGAGGACAAACGGAAAACGGCAGCUGGAAAGAAAGUUACUAGAAGUGCAAAAGAGCACAAGGAAGAUCAUGAAGUGACAUCACAUAAGAAAGUAAGCAAAAUUCAUGAAGAAUUGCAAACAGAACCAGGACCCCUUCUACGGAAAACUGAGAAAGCAGAAAUUGUUGGGGAGGAGAUGGAUUUCUCAAAGGCAGUCCCUGAAGUUAAAAUCACCAGCAGUUGUGAAGUUACAGAAGAUACUUGUGCAUAUGAACCUGCCACAGUUCAGAAACCUGGUGAAAAAAUUGUUAAGCUUGAGCAUGUGUCAAAAACAAAAAUAGAAGAGAUGUCCUCAUAUAAAAAAGCUGAUAACUUUGAAACACCUGUUGUCUCAAAAGAACCCAUCAUUAAGGUGAAGAAACACGAGCCUGAACAUGUCAAAAAGUCAGAUGUCCCCAUAAAGACUCUUACUACCCCAGCAAAGUCAACAGAGGACAGACCAAAGGAAGAUGAGAAGACAGUGUUGAAAAAAGGAGGAAUUAUUCCAAAAGAAGAACUGAAAAAAGAGGAGGUUAAAUUAAAACCUGUGACAGAGAAAACUCCCUCACCAAAAUUAGAUAAACCCAGUGUUAAAGAAGAGAAGCCCCCAAUCUCCAAAAAGAAAAUGGGGGAGAACGAAGAAAAAUCACUAAAACCCGAAGAACCUGGAGAGCUGAAAAAGACUCUUUCUCCAAAAGCCGAAACGGCGAAACCUAAACCAGCCGAGUCCAUUCCGAUGGAAAGAAAACCCAGUGCAAAAUUACCCAAGAAGCUUUCACCCAAAGAUUCAAUUGAGUCUGUUACUUUGAAAAAGGUCCCAAAGAAAAUCUCGCCCAAAGAAAAGACUACUCAGGAAAUUCCUAUGAAGACAAGUGUAGAAAAAGUGCCAAUGAAAGAGGUGAUGAAAGAGAUGUCCCCCAGUGUUCUACAUGUACACAAGAUUCCUACACAUCAAGAGGAAGAAGUACAUGAACAUAAAGGAGAGGUAGCGUGUGGUGACGAAGAAGAUGAUGAAGAAACUUGGGGAUGGGAACUCGGUCCUCGGGACAGUUACGGAUCUGGGAACUCUGAUGACCUCUUGGAAGAUGGGGCUGUUGAAACCCCAGGAAUGGGUGACAAAAGAGAGGGCAAACCUAAGGAUGAGUCACCUUUCGGAAGAGGCAGAGGACUAAGACCAAGACAAACUCCUUCUCCCGGUGAUGGUGGAAGGGGUAGAGGGCUCAGACCUGGUGGUGGAGGUGACAAACCACCGGCAGAAUCUCCUUUUGUCUACCAGCUCAAAGCCGUCCCACUUAAGUUUGUGAAGGAGCUCCAGGACAUUGUGUUGCAGGAGGCUGAGUCUAUCGGUUCCUCGGCUGUAUUCGAGUGUCAGAUCUCUCCAUCUACUGCUAUCACCGGCUGGAUGAAAGAUGGCAACAAUCUGAGGGAGGAUCCAAAACACAAAUUCACCUCUGAUGGCAAAGACCGCAAACUGCAAAUCAUUGAUGUACAGCUGUCUGAUACCGGAGAGUACACAUGUGUUGCAAAGCUUGGCAACAAAGAGAAGACCUCAACAGCUAGACUUGUGGUGGAAGAGUUACCUGUGAAAUUCACAAAGAAUCUGGAAGAAGAAACAAAUGUGAUCAAGGGGCAGCCAAUGUAUCUGACCUGUGACCUGAGCAAGGACAGGGAAGUGAUCUGGAAGAAGAAUGGGGAAGUGAUCGAACCAACCACUGGCAAACUUGCAAUCAACAUCAUCGGGCUUUCACAGACCAUCACGCUCCAGGACUCAAAUGAUGACGAUGCUGGUGUUUACAGUUGCGAGGUUGUGGGUUUGGAAAACAUAAAAACUCAAACCAACGUCAAGAUUACUGAAGUCGUUAGGGACUGGUUAGUUAGACCUCUGAGGGAUCAGCAUGUGAAGCCCAAGACCACAGCUACAUUCAAGGGUGAGCUCUUCAAGGAGACUCCCAACUGGAAGUGGUUCAAGGGCGAUGAGGAAAUUCCCAUUCCUGACCCUACGGGCAAAAUCGAGGUCACGAAGGAAGGCAAAGAGGUCACUCUUACAAUCAAGAAUGCCCAGCCUGAUGAUAUUGCGGAGUAUACCAUAGAGGUCGAAGGCCGCAAAUAUGCCGCAAAACUGACACUUGGUGAACGUGAAGCUGAGAUUUUGAAGCCUCUUGUCAGUGUGGAGGUGGUUGAGAAAACGGAGGCCAACUUUGAGACGGAAAUUUCAGAGGAUGAUGUGCCUGGAGAAUGGAAACUUAGAGGACAGGUUCUGACAAGAUCACCGACGUGUGACAUCAAAGCCGAGGGAACAAAGCGAUUCCUUACUAUCAAAAAUGUGCAGCUUGACCAGGCUGGUGAAGUUUCAUACCAAGCCCUGAACGCUGUGACAAGUGCUAUGCUCAUAGUGAAAGAGAUUGAUAUGGACUUCACAGUCCCUUUGAAGGAUGUUACUGUGCGUGAAAAGAAACAGGCAAAGUUUGAGUGCCUUAUCACUAAGGAUGUGCCUAAAGUGAUUUGGUUAAAGGGUUCUGAUAUCAUUACGCAAGGAAAUAAGUACGAAAUCAUUGACGAUGGAAUGAAACACAUAUUGAUUAUAAAUAACUGUGAAUUUGAGGAUGAGGGGGAAUACAGUAUUGAGGUCUUGGGCAAAUCGUCAAAAGCCAACCUAAUGGUAGAGGGUAUGAGGCUGAACUUCAUCUCAGCAUUAAAGGACCAAACUGUGAAGGAAGGUCAAACCGCUCUGUUUGACCUAGAACUUUCUCACGAGAAUGUCUCCGUCACAUGGUAUAAAAAUGAAAUAAAAUUGCAUCCGAGCAGAACCGUGUUGACUGGUGUGGUGGGAAAGAAACAUACCUUAGAAAUUAAGGAGGUAACACUAGAUGAUACUUGCCAAAUUAAAGCAGAAGCUAAAGGAAUAUCGACAACGGCUAAGCUGCUGGUAAUAGAGGGUGAUGCAUACUUCAUUGAGAAACUGCAAGAUUUCACCGCGGUUGAGAAAGACGAAGUCACGCUUAACUGUGAGCUGAGCAGAGAUGUUCCCGUGAAAUGGUUCCACAAUGAAAUCGAAAUUAAAGCCUCCAAGAUGAUCAUUAUAAAGACAGAUGGCUUGCGAAGAAGCCUUAAUAUUAAGAAAAUCGAACAAAAGGACAAAGGAAUAUUUGUUUGUGACUGUGGAACAGACAAGACCACUGCGACCAUGACCAUCGAAGGUCGUGACAUCAAAGUGGUUCGUCCCAUGUAUGGCGUUGAGCUGUUUGAUGGUGAGACGGCUCGAUUUGAAGUGGAACUCUCUACUGAUGAAGUCCAGGGCCAAUGGAAACUAAAAGAUGAAGUCCUGUCUCCUUCACCUGAUGUUCAGAUCGUUGAAGAAGGUACAAAGCACGUAUUGACAAUCUUCAACUGUAGAGUUACCCAAACAGGAGAGGUGGUCUUCCAAGGAGAAAAUGCUAAGUGUUCUGCGAAUCUUAAAGUGAAAGAUUUGCCUAUUACUUUCCUCGUACCCUUGAACGACGUGCAUGUCUAUGAAAAAGAUGAGGCGAGAUUUGAACUCGAGUUGUCAAGAGUGGCAAAGUCCUUCUCUUGGUUCAGGGGAACUCAGGUGCUGAAGACCGAUGAGAAAUUCGAAAUCCUGACAGAAGAAAAACACCAUACUCUGGUGAUCAAAUCUGCAAGUUAUGAAGAUGAGGCCAAGUACAUGUUUGAGGCUGAAGACAAGAGGACAUCUGCCCAACUUGUUAUUCAGGGCAUCCGUCUUGAGUUUGUCAGACCUAUCAAAGAUGUCACCGUUAAAGAGCGUGAGACAGCCGAGUUCAGAAUUGAACUCUCCCAUGAGAAGGUUCAGGUCACCUGGUACAAGAACGAUGUGCGUCUGCAUCCAAGCAAAGUGGUGCACAUGUCCGAAGAUGGCAAGAUCCAUACUCUGUCCUUUAAAGAGGUCUCCAUCGAUGACACUUCUCUUAUUAAAGUUGAAGCUCUUGGGAAGACCUGUGAGGCAAUGCUUACUGUUCUUGAGGGAGAGCCUUACUUCACCACCAAGUUGCAGGACUACACUGCACUUGAGAAGGAUGAGGUGGUCUUGAUUUGUGAAGUCAGCAAAUCUGCAGCUAAGGUCAAAUGGUUUAAAGAUGGGAAUGAGAUCGCUCCCUCUAAGAACAUCCUUAUCAAAGCUGAUGGAAAGAAACGUGUCCUGAUUGUCAGAAGGGCAGAAAAGGACAACACUGGCGAAUAUGUGUGUGACUGCGGCUCUGACAAAACAGCAGCCAAAGUUAAUAUUGAAGAGCGUGACAUCAAGAUUCUCCGUCCACUGUACAGCGUUGAGGUCACAGAGACCGAGUCGGCUCGCUUCGAGACAGAAAUUUCUGAGGACGACGUCCAUGGACACUGGAAACUCAAAGGAGAGGCUCUGCACCAGUCCGCUGACUGUGAAAUUAAGGAGGAAGGCACCAAGCACAUACUUAUACUUUAUAAUGUGCGUAUGGACAUGGCUGGAAGUGUGGACUUCAACGCCGCUAAUGCUAAAUCCUCUGCUCAGCUCAGAGUUAAAGCACGCACGAUCGGCCUGCUGCGACCUCUUCGGGAUGUCGCUGUUACGGCUGGAGAGACCGCAACCUUUAACUGUGAGCUUUCAUAUGAGGAUAUUCCUGUCGAAUGGUUUGUUGGUUCAACAAAGAUGGAACCAAGCGACAGGGUGGUCACCAAAGUAGACGGUAGACUGCAUUCCUUUACCCUGAAAGAUGUCAAGAUGGAAGAAGCUGGGGAUGUAAAACUUACAGCAAAGGACUUUGUGACCCAGGCUAAACUUACUGUAAAAGAGCCACCAGUUGAGUUCACCAGGCCCUUGGAGGACCAAACUGUUGAGGAAGAAGCCACUGCCAUUCUGGAGUGUGAACUUUCCAGGGAGAAAGCUGAUGUCAAGUGGUUCAGAGAUGGACAGGAGAUUCGUAAAACCAAAAAGUAUGAGAUGGUGGCCGAAGGAAAAAUAAGAAGACUAAUAAUCAAGGACUGUAGCCUUGAUGAUUCUAAGACGUAUACAUGUGAUGCAAAGGUGUUCAAAACAUCUGCUUUCCUGAAUGUUGAACAUCCAUUUGUUGAAUUUACUAAGCCUCUUCAUGAUGUUGAGGUUAGGGAGAAGGAAACUGCCAAGUUUGAAUGCGAAGUGUCCCGUGAAAGUGCCAAGGUCCGCUGGUUCAAAGAUGGCAGCGAGAUUAGAAAAAGCAAGAAGUAUGAGAUUAUUGCAAAGGGAUUGCAGCGUAUUCUCAUUAUCAGUAAGGCCGCCUUUGAUGAUGAGGCCGAGUAUGAAUGUGAUGCAAGGACAUCCAAAUCUUCCGGAAUGCUGACUGUUAUCGAGGAGGAGGCUGUAUUCACGAAGAACCUGUCCAAUGUUGAGGGCACUGAAACAGACAGCAUUAGGAUGAUUUGUGAGGUCUCCAAACCUGGUGCGGAUGUUAGAUGGUACAGGGGUGACCAGGAGAUACCGGAGGGUGGUAGAUAUGAACAAAUUUCAGAAGGGAAAAAGAGAAUUCUCAUCAUACAGGACCUCCGUCCGGAUGAUGUUGGGGAAUACUAUUGCAAGCUGCCUUCUACAGAAACAUCAGCGACUCUAAAGAUCAGUGAAUUGGCAGCUGAUUUCAUUUCGAAGCCCCAAAACCAGGAGGCCGUUGAGGGUGAGAAGGCCGAAUUCACUUGCACAGUGUCCAAGGAAAUGUCUGAAGCCAAAUGGUUCAGAGGAAACACUGAGCUCACAACCGACGACAAGUACGAAAUUUUCAGUGAUGGCAAGAGGAGAUCGCUCAUUAUCAAAAGCUGUGAGCUUAAAGAUGAGGGUGCAUUCACUGUUCGCAUCGACUCAGUUAAAGCUUCGGCAGACUUGGUGGUGAUUGAAAAACUGAAGAUUAUCACUCCCUUAAAAAAUACCAAAGUUAAGGAAGGACAAGAGAUUGUUCUUAACUGUGAAGUUAACUCAGAGGAAGCCAGAGCCAAAUGGCUGAAGAACGACGAGACGCUAUUUGAGAGCAGCAAGUUCGUCAUGGUUCAGAGAGACAAUGUCUUCCAACUGAGAAUCAAAGCUGGAGAGAAGUCAGACGCAGCCAGCUACACAGUAAUGCUGACAAACCAUCGUGGAGAGCAAGUCAAGUCCUCUGCUGACGUCAAUGUGCUGGAGGAAGAACUCCGAAUCAUUGUGCCACCAGAAGACUGUGAAAUAAUGGAAAAGAAGACAAUCGCCUUUACCUGCAAGGUGAACAGGCCAAAUGCGACGGUUCAGUGGAUGAAGGCCGGUCAAGAGAUCACUUUGAGCAAACGUAUUGUGUAUCGUGUGGACAAAGACAAACACUCCCUGACCAUUAAAGACUGCAGCCUUGAGGACGAGGGUGAAUACACCGUAGUUGCUGGCGAAGAUAAGGCCACAGCAGAACUCAUAAUCUGCGAGGCACCCCCUGACUUCACCUCUCACCUUAAAGAUCAAACCGUCACUGAGUUUGAGGAUGCUGAGUUUGUUUGCAAAGUGUCUAAAGAGAAAGCCCACGUUAAAUGGUACAGGAGUGGACGUGAAAUCAGAGAAGGACCAAGAUAUCAUAUGGAGAGAGAUGGAAAGGAAUGCAAGCUCAUAAUCAAGGAGUGCAGACCAGAUGAUGAAUGUGAAUACGCCUGUGGAGUGGAAGACCUUAGAUCAAGGGCACGUCUCUUUGUUGAAGAGAUUCCAGUGGAAAUUGUCAGGCCACCCACAGAUGUCUUUGAGCCACCAGGCUCAGAUAUUGUGUUUGAGGCUGAACUAAAUAAAGACAGAGUUGAGAUUAAAUGGAUGAGGAACAACAUGAUCAUCGUCCAGGGUGACAAAUACCAGAUGAUCAGUGAGGGCAAAGUUCACAGAUUGCAGGUCUGUGAGAUCAGACCACGCGAUCAAGGAGAAUACAGAAUAGUUGCCAAGGAUAAGGAUGCCAGAGCCAAGCUUGAGCUUGCAGCUGUGCCUAAGAUCAAGACCACAGAUCAGAACCUUGUAACAGAUGCUGGAAAGCCUUUCCUUAUGACAGUUCCCUACGAUGCUUAUCCUCGCGCUGAGGCCGAAUGGUUUUUCGAAGACACCAGCCUGCCCAGCCAGAACAUUGACACAUCCACUGAUAGGACUGAGUAUAGGUUAAAAGACCCUAAGAAGUCAGAUAAGGGUCGCUAUAAGAUUAAGAUCAAGAACAAACACGGAAAAGGAGAGGCUUUCAUAAAUCUAGACGUUAUUGAUGUUCCGGGACCUGUGAAGAACCUGCAGGUUAUAGACACUGCUGAUGGUGAGGUCAGCCUUGCUUGGGAGGAACCAGAAAGUGAUGGUGGAAGCAAGAUCUUGGCUUAUGUGGUUGAGAGACGUGAUAUCAAUCGCAAGACCUGGACAAUGGCCACAGACCGUGCUGACCUUCCAGAGUAUUGUGUUGCCGGAUUGCAGAGGGAUAACCUGUAUCUCUUCCGUGUUUGUGCUCGCAAUAGAGUCGGACAUGGAGAGCCUGUUGUCACAGAUGAGGCAGUUCAAGCCAAGAACAAAUUUGAUGUACCUGAUGCACCUCAGAACGUUAUAGUUGCAGAUGUCAAUAGGUUUGGUGCCACAGUUUCUUGGGAACCACCUCUGUUUGAUGGAGGAUCUGAGAUCACAUCUUACAUCAUUGAGCUCCGUGACCGUACAUCUGUGAGAUGGGAGCCUGCCUUGGUGGUUAAAGCUGAAGAUCUCACAGCCACACUUAAUGAUGUUGUCGAGAACAAAGAAUACAUUUUCAGGGUCAGGGCAGAGAACAGGGCUGGAAUUGGUCAGCCAAGCGCUGCCACACAUCCAGUGAAAAUUAUGGAUCCCAUUGAGAGGCCAAGUCCACCACUGAACCUAAACUACUCAAAUCAGAACAAAGAGUCUGUUCAGCUGUCAUGGGAGACACCCAUCAGCAAUGGAGGCAGCAUAAUUACAGGCUACGUCAUUGAAAAGUGUGAAGAUGGUACUGACAAAUGGCUGAGAUGUAAUGCAAGGCUUUGUCCAGACCUUUAUUACAGGGUUUCUGGAUUGAAGUUUGGUCAGAAGUAUCUCUAUAGAGUAUGUGCAGAAAAUGCAGCUGGAUUGUCUGAUCCAGCUGAUGUUCUUGGGCCGCUCUUGGCCGACGAUCCUCAUGUGGGUCCCACUUUGGAUCUCAGUGGAUUCAAAGACGGUCUGGAGGUCAUUGUUCCCAAUGCUCUUCACAUCCGAGUUCCAAUUACGGGAUAUCCCUUGCCCAAGGCCAAAUGGUCAUUCGGCGAUACAGAGCUCACCGCAGGUGACCGUGUUUCCAUGUCCACCAAACCUACAUACACCGAACUGGUUGUUGCACCAAGUGUUCGUCCAGACAAAGGAACAUAUACCUUACAACUGGAGAACGAUGUCUCAUCUGCUUUCGGAGAGAUUGACGUCAAUGUUAUAGCAUGUCCAAGUGCACCCAAAGACUUCAAAGCCGCUGAGGUGACCAGACACCACGUGCAUCUGAUGUGGGAGGCACCAGAACAUGAUGGAGGAAGCCCUGUAAUGGGGUACAAUAUUGAGAAACGAGAGGUUUCCCGCAAGACCUGGGUCAAGGUGAUGUCAGGUAUUGAGGACCUUGAGUUUACUGUCACGGACGUCAUCGAGGGCAAGGAAUAUUUGUUCAGCGUCAUUGCUUGUAACAAAUGUGGACCAGGAGAACCAGCAUACAUUGAUGACCCUGUGAACGUGUCCUCCCCAGCAACUGUGCCCGAUCCACCGGAGAACCUUAAAUGGAGAGACAAAUCAGCAAAGGGCAUCUUCCUAUUCUGGGAACCUCCCAGAUAUGAUGGUGGUGCACCUGUUAAGGGCUAUAUUGUUGAUAAGUGCCAGCGUGGCACUGACAAAUGGGAGGCCUGUGGAGAUCCCAUUCCUGAUCUGAAGUACCAGGUCACUGGUCUUGUAGAAGGUCAGUGGUAUUCCUAUCGCAUCAGAGCAGUGAAUAGACUUGGAGCCAGUCGACCAUGCAGGGCUACAGAUGAGAUCCUUGCUGUGGAUCCUAAAGAGCCACCAGAGAUCCAACUUGACGUUAAGCUCUUGGCUGGCUUGACUGCCAGAGCCGGCACUAAGAUUGACCUUCCUGCUGAUGUGCUGGGCAAACCUGACCCAAGAGUGAAGUGGACAAAGGCUGACUUAGUCCUUAGACCAGAUUCAGAUGAUAGAGUUACCAUUGAGACCAAACCUGGCCAUUCCAUGCUGUCCAUUGCAAACACAACCAGAGCCGACACAGCCACCUACAUCAUUGAGGCCGUCAACACUAGUGGCCGUGCAACUGCCACAGUUGACGUCAACAUUCUUGAUAAACCUGGUCCUCCAGCUGCUUUUGACAUCUCUGAUAUCACAAACGAGUCCUGUUGUUUGGCCUGGAAUGCCCCCAGAGAUGACGGUGGCUCCCCUGUCACAAACUACAUUGUGGAGAUGAGACCCACAGAUAAAGAGGAGUGGCAAAAACUGUCUGCUACCAUUAAGUUUACUAUUUUUAAAGCCUCCAAGCUGGUGUCUAUGAAGGAGUAUGUCUUCAGGGUUUCUGCUGAGAACCAAUAUGGCAUUGGCAGUCCAGCCGAGCAUGUGCCUAUUACUGCAAAGUAUUCAUUUGACACUCCUGGGGCUCCAACUAGGGUUCAGCCUUCAGAUAUCGCAAAGGAUGCUGUAACUCUAACUUGGUAUGAGCCCGAUGAAGAUGGUGGAAGUCCCAUUACUGGGUACUGGAUUGAGAGGUUUGAUCCUGAAACGGAUAAAUGGAUCAGGUGUAACAAGCUGCCAGUCAGGGACACAACAUUCAGGGUGAAAGGUUUGCCAACUAAAAAGAAAUGCAGGUUCAGAGUUUUGGCUGAGAAUCUUGCAGGACCAGGAAAGCCAAGUGAUGAGACCGCGCCAAUUUUGAUUAAAGAUCCAAUUGAUCCUCCUUGGGCUCCUGGAAAACCAUACAUCAAAGACACUGGCAAGACUUCAAUAGACCUGAUGUGGACCCGGCCUGAACAUGAUGGUGGUGCUAAGAUUGAGUCCUACAUCAUUGAGCUUCAAAAGACUGGAACUGAAGAAUGGGUUCGUGUAGCUGAGGAUGUGCCAACAACAGAGCACUUAUUGAAGGGCCUGAAGGAGAUGCAGGAGUAUUCGUUCAGAGUCAGGGCCGUCAAUGCUGUUGGAGAGAGUGAAGCCAGUGACCCAAGUGACCCUGUCGUCUGCAAGGAGAGACUUCAUCCCCCAUCUGCCCCACGCUGGCUUGAAGUGGUUAACAUAACUAAGAUUAACUGUGACCUGAAGUGGACAGAACCAGAUAGUGAUGGUGGCUCUCCGAUCACCAACUAUGUUGUUGAGAAAAGAGAUGUCAGACGCAGGAACUGGCAGUCUGUGGACACCACAGUAAAAGACAUCAAGUAUACUGUCAGUCCACUGAUUGAAGGUUCUCUGUAUGUUUUCCGUGUCGCAGCUGAAAAUGCAGCUGGUGUUGGCGAGUUCUGUGAGCUCGAGGACUCUGUUCUGGCUAAAGAUACUUUCACAACCCCUGGACCACCUUAUGCUUUGACUGUUGUCGAGGUCACCAAAAGACACGUUGACCUCAAAUGGGAGGCACCCAACAGUGAUGGUGGAAGACCCAUUACCAAGUAUGUCAUUGAGAAGAAAGAGAAAGUAGGCACCCGCUGGGUAAAGUCUGGAAAGACAGCUGGCCCUGAAUGCAAGUACAGGGUGACCGAUGUUGAUGAAGGCUCCGAGGUGCAAUUCCAGGUCCGUGCCGAAAACGAAGCUGGAGUUGGAAACCCAAGUGAACCUACUGAUGUCAUGACCAUUGAGGAUGCAAUAAGCAUUCCUUCUGCUCCAAAUGAUGUGAAGAUUGUUGAUGGAAGCAGAGAGCACAUCAACAUUACCUGGAAAGCUCCUGAAAAGGAUGGAGGAAGUCCAAUAACUGGUUACCAUGUUGAGCUGUCUGAAGCUGGAACUGAAAAAUGGAUGAGGAUCAAUGCUCGUCCUGUCAAAGAGCUGAGAUUUAAGGCUGAGGAAGGCAUAAUUCCUGAAAAACAAUAUGUUUUACGAGUUCGUGCCAUUAAUGCUGUUGGUGUCAGUGAUCCUUCUGAGAUUUCUGACAGCGUCUUUGCCAAAGAUCCUGACUGUAAGCCAACCAUUGAUCUUGAGACCCAAGACAUUGUGGUUGUAGAGGGUGAAAAGCUGCACCUAAAGAUCCCAUACCGUGCAAUUCCAAAACCAUCAAUGGUCUGGAAAAAGGGUGACACUGAACUAAAGACUGAAGACAGGCUCACACUGACAUGUGAUCUCAAUCGGGUUGAUCUGGAGCUUCUUAAGUGUAAACAUGAAGAUGCUGGCACAUAUACCGUAACUCUUGAGAACAGCUUGGGUUCAGUAACUGGCACAAUAAACGUAAAAGUGAUUGGCCUGCCUGGACAAUGUAAAGACAUCUCUCCCAGUGAGGUUACCAAGAGCUCUUGCAAAAUCUCUUGGGAGCCCCCAGAGAGCGAUGGUGGUAGCCCAAUCUUGCACUAUGUUCUGGAGAGAAGAGAAGCACAAAAGAAGACAUAUUUGCCUGUGAUGUCUAGAGACAACGUUUUAAACUUUAUGGCCAAAGACCUUAUGCUUAACUGUGAAUAUUACUUCAGAGUGAAGGCCGUUAACAAGAUUGGCAGUGGUGAAUACCUUGAGCUCCGCAAUCCUGUGAGAACAGAAGAACAGAAACAACAUCCUGACCCACCAGUUGAGGUUGAAGCACACAAUCCCACCUCAAAUUCCGUCACGGUCACCUGGAUGGCACCAGCAAAUGAUGGUGGAUGUCCAAUCACAGGCUACAUCCUUGAGAUGAUUGAAAAAGAUGGUGACAGAUUCGAGAGAUGCGUUCCUAACCUGGUACCUGGUUUCUCCUACACAAUCACUGGUUUGACAGAAGGAAAGGAAUACCAGUUCCGAGUCCGUGCUGAGAACAUCGCAGGACCAAGUGACCCAUCUCGCAGUUCUCAACUGAUUAAGGCGGCUGAUCCUGUUGAACCACCAAAGGUAUCACUCCAUCCCCGCAUUGUGUCUGGUCUUAGCAUUAGAAAGGGAGAGGAAAUUAAACUGGAUGCCUUCAUAUCUGGAUCACCAUACCCAGCGGUUACAUGGCUCAGAAAUGAUGAGAACGUCAGGCAGCCACCAGCUAAAAAGAAACCAGAUUACACUUUGAAGAAGAAAAAGAAGACGAAGAGCUUUCAGCCUGAACCUGAAGAGGUUUUCCAUCCUCCCCUAUUAGAUCGCCUGUCAUACGACCAGAGCAAACGGGGUGAGACUGCAUUGAUGGUGCGUGAUGCCAUCAGAACUGACCAUGGGAAGUUCACUAUUAGAGUCGAGAAUCCUCAUGGUGUUGCAACGGCAUCUUGUGAUGUCAAUGUUCUUGAUAAGCCUGGCCCUCCUGUCAACUUCGGAUUUGAAGACAUAAAGAACAUCUCUGUCACUUGCACAUGGGAUGCACCUCUCGAUGAUGGUGGCAGUGAGAUCAUCAACUACAUAUUGGAAAAGAAAGACAACACUACCGAUGAGAUUGGUUGGGUAACUGUUACUUCAACCCACAAAGGGUACAAUUACCCUGUAACCAAGCUUAUUGAAGGAAAGGAGUACAUCUUUAGAGUCACUGCAGAAAACAAGUUUGGUUGUGGACCCCCAUGCUACUCAGAACCACUUAUUGCAAAGAAUCAGUUCGAACCACCUGAUGCUCCCAACAUGCCAAGAAUCGGGGAGGUCUCCUCCAACUCUGUAGCCCUCAGCUGGCAUGAGCCCAAGGACAAUGGUAGCCCUAUCCUUGGCUAUUGGAUUGAGAGACGUGAAGUUAACAGCAAAUACUGGACCAGAGUGAACCGCAAUCUUCUCAACUCUCUGGCGGUUAAGGUCGAGGGUCUUAUGGAGGGCCUUGUUUAUGUCUUUAGAGUCUGCGCUGAGAAUCUUGCUGGCCCAGGAGAGUUCAGUGUACCAACUGAUCCUCAGGCUGCAAUGGAUCCAAUCUUACCACCUGGUGCACCUGUACCGAAAAUUGAUGAUGUCACAAACACAACCAUCGAUAUUUCUUGGGUACCUCCAUUGUAUAACGGCGGUGGAGAAAUCCUUGGAUAUCAUGUUGAGCGCUGUGUGGUUGGAGAGAAGGAAUGGGUCCGCUGUACUGAGUACAGAUGCAAGGACCGGAAGUUUACCAUCACUGGAUUGACUGAGGGGGCCGAUUAUAACAUUCGUGUAUUUGCUGUGAAUGAUGCCGGUAAUGGAGCACCAGGCAUGACUGAACCUGUUCAGGCCAAAGAACCUGAAGAGGCCCCAGCGGUUGACUUUGAUAUUUCAGUGAGGAAUGGAGUCCUCAUUAGGGCUGGUGAAACUCUCCGUCUACCUGCUGUCAUUACUGGCCGACCUGUGCCAGAAUUGAAGUGGACGAAGGAUGAUGCUGAACUAGACAAAGAACAUGUAGUUAUUGAGACCGAAGGAAAGAACAGCAUUUUAAGCAUCAAAAACGCUUUGAGAUCUGACCAUGGCCAAUACCAAAUCACUGGUACCAACCCAAGUGGAACAAAGUCUGCAUCUGUUAGGGUUGAUGUGAUGGAUGUUCCUGGACCAGUGGUUGAUCUUAAGACAGCUCAUGUCAGUAAGAAGAUGAUUUCACUUACCUGGUCAGAUCCUCUCGAUAAUGGUGGAAGUGAUAUCAUUGGCUAUAUUGUCGAGAGAAAAGAUGCCAAAAUGCAUAUUUACAGACAACCCUUGGAAGUUGCUGCUUGCAAAUGCGACAUUGUAGGUCUUCUUGAUGGUGAAGAAUACAUGUUCCGUGUGGUUGCGAAGAACAAGUUUGGCCUUGGAACUCCGGUUGAACUUGGACCUGUAUUAGCAGUGGAUCCCAAAGGAGUUCCUUCUGCCCCUGAGAAGCUGCACUACACAGAAAGGACCAAAAACACCAUCACUUUAACUUGGCUACCACCUCACAGUGAUGGUGGAUCUCCAAUCAGAGGUUACUAUGUUGAAAAGAUGAGAGAAGACAGCACUGAAUAUGAUGUUGCCAACCACCAAAUCUGCAAAGAUCUCACCGUCACAAUAGAAAAUCUGUCUGAAAACACAAACUACGACUUCAGAGUGAAAGCUGUCAAUGAGAUUGGGGAAGGACCACCAUCCAGACCAAUUAAUGUUCAAAUUCAUGAUGAUGAGCAUGCACCACGUGUUAAGUGGUUGAAGGCCUUUAAGAGUGAUGCCAUUGUUGUUAAGAAAGGAGUAGCCAUUGAAAUUCCUGCUGAAAUUCAUGGUCUGCCCUUGCCUACCUUUGAGUGGACAAAGAAUGGAGUAGUUAUUGACGCACCCACAGAGACAAUGACACUGGAAUCAGAGGAGAUUAACAGGCAAACCAUUAAUACCAAAAUUGGCAUCCCUGAAACUGUAAGACAAGACACAGGCAUUUAUAAGCUGACUGCCAAAAACUCGCGGGGAACCGGUCAGCGCACAAUCCGAGUGGAUAUCUUAGAUCGCCCAAUGCCACCAAGGAAUAUUGUGGUGUCCGAUAUCAAAGCUGAGUCUUGCUACCUUACCUGGGAUGCUCCAGAGGACAAUGGUGGAAGUGAGCUUCUUAACUACAUUAUUGAGAAGAGAGAUGCCAGCAAAAAGAAGACUGACUGGGAACAGAUAACAUGCUGUGUUAUUGACAGACGAUAUGGGGUGUUCAAGUUGGAGGCCUACAGUACAUACCAGUUCCAGAUCAAAGCUGAGAACAAGUACGGAGUCAGCGAUGGUUGCGAAUCAGAAAAGGUUGUACUCAAAGAUCCAUUUGGCCUUCCUGGCCCACCUUUGAGGCCAAGAAUUGUCAGUCACACCCGCUCAUCCAUGCUGGUGGCCUGGGAGCCUCCAGCAGACAAUGGUGGCUCAACCAUACAAGGUUAUUGGAUUGAAAAAAGAGAGAGGGGAGCCGUCUACUGGAGUCGGAUUAACAGAGCAUCAACAACAAAACCAGCAAUCAAGGGUCUGGAAUACAAUGUGCUCCACCUUAUUGAUGGUAUCGAGUACCAGUUCCGUGUAAUGGCUCAGAAUGCAGCUGGAAUCGGACCUCCAAGUGAGGCAACCGAGUGUGUGUUUGCAAUUGAUCCAAGAAACCCUCCAAGUUCACCAGCAGCACCUGUAGUAACAGACAAAACCACAAGCAGCGUGUCUCUUUCCUGGACUCCACCAGAAAAAGACGGAGGUUCUCCAGUCAAGGGUUACAUUGUUGAAGUUCAAGAUGAAGGGUCAUAUGAUUGGAGAAGAUUAAAUACACCAGACAAUCUGAUCCUUACCAAUGCAUACACAGUGCCAGACCUUAAACCGAAUAAGAAAAUCAGGUUGAGAAUUGUUGCUGUCAAUGAAGUUGGUGAAUCUGAACCAAGUCCUAGAACUUCCGAUAUCAUUGUACAGGACAUUGUGGAGGAACCGAUCAUAACCCUGGAAGUCACAGCUAAUGAGCUUCUGAAUUGUCAUGCUGGAACAACCAUCAAGAUUCCAGCCACCAUCACAGGUAGACCCAUUCCAAAUGUCACGUGGGAGUUUGAUGGAGCUGCCCCAACAGAGAAAAAGAACGAGCGCCACACCCUGCCCAAGGAUUCAGAGGUUUCAUCCACUGAUACGAGAUCAGUAGUAACAAUCCCUGUGAGUAAAUUAAACCACUCUGGACGAUACAUUAUCACUGCCAACAACCAAGCUGGUACCAAAGUUGCUAAAGUCCAUGUUACUGUGCUUGAUCUACCUGGGCCUCCUAAAGAUCUCAAAGUCAGUGACAUCACUCGUGGAACAUGUAGGUUAACCUGGAAACCUCCAGACUGCGAUGGUGGUGACAGAAUUAAGAGCUACUUUAUUGAGAAAAAGACAGUGGAAGGAAAGGCCUGGACAAAGGUCAAUCCAUCUUGUCCCAAUCAGUCCUUGCUUGUGCCAGACCUCUUUGAGGGACAAGAAUAUUUUUUCCGCGUACGAGCUGAGAAUAAAUUCGGUUUGGGACCUCAUAUUGCAACAAUUCAACGGACUAGAGCCUGUGAUCCUAUCCAUCCUCCUGAUCCUCCCACAAGAGUCAAAAUCGUUGAUGUUUCCAAGGGCAUUGUGACUCUGACAUGGAAGCCACCGAGAAAUGAUGGUGGAUCACCUGUGACUCACUACAAUGUUGAACGUCUUUGGUGGGACAGCAGUGGAAACCAACAGGAGUCCUGGAGACAGUGCAAUCGCCGUGAUAUUGAGGGCACCACUUUCAAAGUGGAGGAACUCAACGAGGGUGCCGAAUAUGAAUUCCGUGUCAAGGCUGUGAAUGAGGCUGGUGCAAGUAGACCAUCUUCAACAGCUGGACCCAUUGUUAUUAAGGAUCAGAGCAGGGCACCAUCAAUUGAACUUCCAGAGUUUAUGGAGGUUGAACAAGGAACAAACAUUCAUAUUGUUGCUAAGCUUAAGGGCUGUCCAUUCCCAACACUCACAUGGCAGAAAGCUCCGCCCCACAAGGGUGAUAGAAAGGUUGAUAUUGUGUAUGAUGAACACAUCAACAAGCUUGUGUCUGAUGAUAGCUGCACCCUGCUGAUCCAGCAAGGCAAACGCUCAGAUACAAGCCUCUACACUCUUACUGCUAGCAACAACCUUGGUACAGUUUCUAAGGAAAUGAGGCUUAAUGUUCUAGGACGUCCUGGGCCUCCAUCUGGACCAAUCAAGUUUGAGGAGAUUCGUGGUGAACAGAUAACGCUUUCAUGGCUGCCUCCUGUAGAUGAUGGUGGCUCCAAAAUUACAAACUACACUAUUGAAAGACGUGUGGCCAACAGGAAAACUUGGAUUCCUGUCACUAGUGAACCCAAAGAGCGACUAUACACGAUCGAGGGUUUGAUGCCAGGCCAUGAGUAUAUUUUCAGAAUUAGGGCUCAGAACAAAUAUGGUGUUGGUGAUCCUCUUGACAGUGAACCUGAAGUAGCCAGAGAUGUUUUAUUGCCACCUGGCCCAUGUGAAAAGCCCACGCUUUCUAGCAUCACCAUGGACUCCAUGACUGUGAACUGGGAAGAGCCAGAUACAGACGGAGGUUCUCCGAUAACAGGCUACUGGCUUGAACGCAAAGAAACGACAUCUAAACGCUGGAACAGAGUAACUCGUGAUCCAAUUAGGCCCAUGCCACUUGGUGUGUCCCACACUGUCACAGGACUCAUUGAGGGAUCUCAGUAUAUAUUCCGUGUAACAGCAAUUAACAUAGCAGGAUGUGGACCUCCAAGUCCGCCAUCUGACCCAACGUUUGCCAGAGAUCCAAUAGCACCUCCUUCUCCCCCAACCCCCAAAGUCACAGACUGGACAAGGUCGACUGUAGACUUGGAAUGGAUUCCACCUCUGAAAGAUGGAGGCUCUAAGAUAAUGGGCUACUUUGUUGAAUACAAAGAAGAGGGUACGGAAGCCUGGGUUAAGGCUAAAGACAAGGAAGUUAGAGGAACCAAAUUUGUGGUAACUGGAUUGAAACCAAAUGCCUUUUAUAAAUUCAGAGUUGUGGCAUUCAAUGCUGCUGGUCUGAGUGAACCAGGUGAAAUUGCAGAUGCUCUUGAAAUGAAGGACCACAUAAUUACCCCUGCGCUUGAGCUAGACAUCUCUGUAAAGGACAGAAUGAUUGUUCAUGCCGGAGGUGUUAUUCGUCUCCUGGCUUACGUGUCAGGCCUACCUCCACCUGUGAUAACAUGGAACAGAGAUCAAGGUCCUGUCCCAGCAGAAGCUGUGAUUGAAACCACCUACAUCAGCUGCUCAAUGGUAAUCAAGGACUGCAAUAGGAGGCAUCAAGGUGUUUAUACAAUAACUGCCAAAAACGAUGGAGGAGAGGUGAAGAAAUCUGUUAUUGUUGAUGUACUCGAUGUCCCCGGUCCAGUGGGAGCACCUUUUACUGCAGAGAAUCUAACAAGUGAUUCACUCAAGCUAAACUGGUUCUUCCCAGAGGAUGAUGGUGGAACUGCCAUUUCUAACUACAUUGUUGAGAAGCGUGAAGCUGAGCGCAAGGCUUGGACAGCUUGCUCCUACACAGCUGGCAGACAGAAUGCUAUCGUAAACAAUCUGGUGCUGAAAAAGGCAUACUUCUUCAGAGUUGCAGCUGAAAAUGCAGUUGGAGUCGGUCCGUUCCGCCAAACAACAUGUGAAGUUGUGGUCAGAGAUCGUAUCAAUGUUCCAGAGCGUCCAGAAGACCUUGAAGUUACUACCGUUACUAAAGACUAUAUUAGUUUGACUUGGAAACCACCUAGGUAUGAUGGAGGAUCUGAGGUCAUAUCCUAUGUUAUUGAAGCUCGCAUGAUCGGAAAAGACAAGUUUGUCAGACUGACCAAAGACAAAUUAAUGGAUCGGCGAUUCACUUAUGAUGGUCUCCGUGAAGGUGACAGCUAUGAAUUCCGUGUCAGUGCAGUGAAUGAAGUUGGUCAGGGCAAGCCGUCCUUCUCCACAAAGGCAAUAACAUGUAGAGAUGAACUUGAGCCCCCUACAAUUGAACUGGACUUCCGUGACAAGGUUAUUGUGCGUGUUGGUGAAAGUAUUGCACUCCUUGGCCGCUACACUGGAAAACCAGCUCCAUCUGUCACUUGGUCUAGAGAUGACAAGGAAUUGAAAGCAGACAGCCACAUCCAGUUCAAAAAUACCCUUACCACAAUGUGCUUGGGUAUUAUCAAAGCUAAACGUGAACACAGUGGCAAAUACUGUGUGACAGUUGAAAACUGCACUGGUUCUCGUAAGGGCAUUUGUAAUGUUACAGUAGUUGAUCGACCAUUGCCUCCUGAGGGCCCAGUGGUCUUUGAGGAUGUUCACAGAGAUCACAUGGUCAUUUCCUGGAAGCCACCUCUUGAUGAUGGUGGAUCUGAAAUUUCUAACUACAUCAUUGAGAAGCGAGAUGUCAACAGAGACAUGUGGACAACUGUAACAUCUGCAACAACAAAGACCUUUUGCAAAGUGCCUAAGCUUGUAGAGGGACGUGAAUACAUCAUGCGAAUUAGUGCUGAGAACAUGUAUGGCAUAAGUGACCCACUGGAGUCAGAGGAGAUGAAAGCUAAAGAUAUGUUUAGGGUACCUGAAGCACCUGAGCAACCCACAGUCAAAGAUGUUUACCAUGACUCAGCACUGGUGCUUUGGAACCGUCCUCGUGAUGGUGGAAAGCCCAUCACUAAUUAUAUCUUGGAAAGAAAGGAGCCCUCAUCUAAGAGAUGGUCCCGUGCAACCAGAGAUCCAAUUUACCCUGCUACCCAGUAUAGGGUACAAGAUCUCGUUGAAGGUUGUGAAUAUGAAUUCCGUGUAAUGGCAGAAAAUGAAUUGGGCAUUGGAGAUCCAAGCCCUCCAUCAAAGCCUAUUCUUGCUAAGGAUCCCGUUGUUCGGCCAAGCCCACCUGUUUUGCCUGAGGCUGUCGACAAAACCAAAGAUUCUGUGAGUCUUUCAUGGCGUGUCCCACGGCAUGAUGGCAAAGGCAAAAUCCUUGGUUACUUAAUUGAGUAUCAGAAGCCUGGUGCAAUCGAUUGGAUCCAAGCAAAUGAAACUCCUGAAUCAUGCCCCGACACUAACUUUGUUGUGACAAAACUACCAGAGGGUGAAGAGUUCAGGUUCAGAAUUAUGGCUGUGAAUGCAGCUGGAAAAUCUGAUCCUGCUUUUGUUAAGGAACCAGUGAAAGUUCAUGACAGACUUGAGGAGCCAGAGUUGCUGCUAGAUGCGAACAUGGCACGUGACCACCUUGCCAUGGUUGGAACAGACAUUACACUGAGUGCUAAAAUUAAGGGCAUGCCAAUUCCCACUGUUUCAUGGAAGAAGAAUGAUGGUGAAGUUCCUGCUCAUUGUCUCCUAGAGGUCACUGCGAGUGGAAGCAAACUUCACAUUAAGAAAUGUACCCGUGCUGACUCUGGCAAUUACACUAUCACAAUUCAAAAUGCAGCUGGAUCAAAAUCUGCUACGUGCACUGUCCUCACACUUGAUAAACCUAAACCUCCAAGGAAUCUUGCUGUCUCUGAAAUUACAAGUGAGUCAUGUUAUCUGACAUGGAAGAAGCCAGAAGAUGAUGGUGGUGCUGUGAUAUCCCAUUAUGUUGUGCAAAAGAAAGAUGUAGCCAGUGAGAACUGGGUUCCAGUUUGUGCUGCAUCUAAAAAGCUUAGCCUCAUGGCUCUGUAUCUAAUGGAAGGAAUACAGUAUCUCUUCAGAGUGGCAGCUGAGAAUCAGUUUGGCAGGAGUGCAUUUGUUGAAACCACGAAACCCAUCAAAGCAGUUGAUCCUCUCUAUCCCCCCGGUCCACCCAAGAAUCUGCAUCAUGUGGACGCAGAGAAAACUGAAGUAUGGCUCGAGUGGGAGUGGCCUGAUCGCACAGGUGGAAGCGAGAUCACUGGGUUCAUUGUUGAACAUCAAGAGGAAGGUGCCACCGACUGGGUCAACUUCAAGACUGUCAGCAAUCCUCUUUGCCAUGUCACUGGACUUAAAGAGGGAAAAACUUACAGAUUCCGUGUAAAAGCACAAAAUGCUAUAGGCAUUAGCCGACCAGACACCAGUAUACCAAUUACUUGCCAGGAGAAAACAUUGGCUCCAUCUAUUGAAGUUGAUGUGAAACUUAUUGAAGGUCUUGUUGUGAAGGCUGGUAGCACAAUCAUUCUCCCAGCAGUCAUGAUUGGAAUCCCAACUCCAACACCCAAGUGGCAAAGUGAUGGAAAUGAGCUUAAAACUGAGGGCAAAUUUAAAAUCGAUACAAAAGGAAAUUCAACUAUUUUGAAUAUUAGUGAGUGUGUCAGGACUGACAGUGGAGAGUAUGUUCUUACUGUGUCAAACCCUGCAGGCAGUAAGUCGGUUGCUCUGCAUGUCACAGUUCUUGAUGUUCCGUCUGCACCAGUUGGUCCAGUAAAUAUCCUUGAGGUUACUCCUGAUCAUAUGGUAAUCCAGUGGCGUGCACCCAAAGAUGAUGGUGGAACGCCUUUGAUGAACUAUAUUGUAGAGAAGAAGGAUGUGAAGAAGCCUUGGGAACCAUGGUCAGUUGUGAGUUCUGGAAGCACCAGCACAACUGCCAAAGUGCCACGUUUGGAAAAGGGACGUGAAUAUAUUGUACGCAUACGUGCUGAGAACAAGGUUGGCAUCGGUGCUGCCCUUGAAAGUCCUCCAACUGUUGCUAAGCAUAUGUUUGAUCCACCAGGACCUCCUGGCCGACCAACAUGUUCUGAUAUAACUGAAAAUGCAGUAACAGCUUCAUGGACUGAACCAGAAACCGAUGGUGGAAGCCCUGUAAGCGGCUAUAUUGUUGAGCGCAGGGAGAUGACUGGCAAAUGGAUUCGUGUCAAUAAAACUCCAGUCUUGGAUGUAAGAUACAGGGUCUGUGGUCUGUUUGAGGGUAAUACCUAUGAAUUUAGAAUCUUUGCCGAAAACAUCGCUGGCAUAAGUGAACCAUCGUAUCCAUCAGACCCAGUAAAGGCUAAGCGGCCAAUUACUCCUCCAGGACCUCCAAGUAACAUUAGGCUGAAGGACUGGAGCAAGUCAUAUGCAGAUUUGGUAUGGAGCAAACCUUCCAGAGAUGGAGGCAGCCCCAUCCUAGGCUAUGUUGUGGAAAUCCAGAAAUCAGGUUCAGCACAGUGGGAUAGAAUAAAUAAGGAUCUUAUUAAGAUUUGUGCAUUUAGAGUGCCUGGACUUACUGAAGGCACAGAGUACAGAUUCCGCAUUAGAGCGUCAAACAAGGUUGGAGAUGGUGAGCCAAGAGAACUCACAGAAACUGUGCUUGCCAAGGACAUCCUUGUUCCCCCUGAAGUAACCGUUGAUGUCGCUUGCCGUGACCUUCUUACAGUUAGAGCAGGGCAGAUCAUUAACCUUGUGACCCGUGUCAAGGGCAGACCUGAUCCUGAAAUCACUUGGACUAAAGAUGCAAGAGUCUUGGGCAGAGAUAAGCGUACUGAGAUGAACAAUAACUUCCCUCUUGCAGAGCUGGUUAUUCAGGAUGCUGUUAGAGCUGAUUAUGGAAAAUAUGCAAUUCAAGCAAAGAAUAGCAGUGGUCAAGCACAAGCUACAAUUAUCGUCAAUGUGCUUGAUAUUCCUGGAGCUUGUCAGAACUUGAAGGUUGCUUAUGCAACUAAAGACUCAUGUAUGGUGUCUUGGGAAAAUCCAGAUGAUAAUGGGGGCACUGAAAUUACCAAUUAUAUAAUUGAGUGCCGACAACCUAGUCAAAGAACAUGGACAGUUGUUUCAUCUGACUGCACCAAACGACUUAUUAAAGCACCACUUGUUGAGAAUUGUGAAUAUUUCUUCCGUGUGAGUGCAGAGAAUAAAAUCGGUGCUGGUCCUCCGACUGAAACAAAAACACCAGUCCUUGCAGUUGAUCCAGUAGAGAAGCCUGGUGAGCCAGAAAACUUCCAUAUUACUGAAAUCGGGAAGACGUUUGUUUUCCUCAAAUGGAAGAGGCCAGAAAAUGAUGGUGGCAGUCGUAAUCUUGCUUACCAUAUUGAAAAGAAACCCAAAGAAGCAGAUGAAUGGGAAAGACUGCACAAAGGUGCCAUAAAAGAAACAUAUUUUAUGGCUGACAGGUGUAUUGAGAAUAAAAUUUAUCAGUUUAGAGUUCAAACAAAGAAUGAGGGAGGAGAGAGCAACUGGGUGACAACAGCUGAAGUUCUUGUAAAGGAGGAACUUGUACAGCCAGAGCUCAAAGUCAAACUGUUGGGAACUCUUAUUGUUAAAGCUGGAGAGGCCAUUCCAAUUGAGGCAGAAGUUAAAGGUAAACCCCAGCCUGAUAUAAAAUGGUCUAAAGAGAAUUACACCGGAGAUAUCCACAAAAGCCCAAGAGUGCAAAUUGAAACUGCCACCAACUUUACAAAAUUACUCCUCACAAAUUCAAAACGUGGUGAUACUGGAAAGUACAUAAUCACAGCAACAAAUGCUGCUGGAACCUGCUCUGCUGAGGCCAAGGUAAAUGUCCUUGAUAGACCAGGUCCAAUUCGAGACCUGAAGGUCUCAGACAUCUCUGUGGACAGAUGCAAGCUUACAUGGGAGAUCCCAGAAGAUGAUGGUGGAUGUGAGAUCUAUAACUACAUUAUAGAGAAAUGUGAGACAAAGAGAGGGGUGUGGUCUAUUCAUUCAUCAGCUGUUGUAACUAACUCGGCUAAAGUUACUCGCCUUAUUGAAGGAAAUGAAUAUAGAUUCAGAGUGAGAGCUGAGAACAAAAUGGGGGCUGGCCCUGCUGUAGAAACUGAGUCCUUUGUUGCAAGGACCCAGUGUAGCAGACCAGAUGCACCAGAUGCUCCAGAAGUGACCAAAAUUACAAAAGAUGACAUGGUUGUUGUGUGGUGCGCACCUGAUAAUGAUGGUGGAAAGCCCAUUACUGGCUAUAUUCUUGAGAAAAAAGAAGAGCAUGCCAUUCGGUGGGCACCAGUUACCAAGUCCCCAACUGCAGGAACACAAAUGACUGUUUCAGGGUUAUUGCCCAAUCAUAAUUACCAGUUCCGUGUUAAGGCUGAAAAUGAAAUUGGAGUUGGCGAUGCAAGCAAACCAUCUAGAUCACUGACAGCAAGAGAUCCAAUUGAGCCUCCUGGCCCAGUGGGUAAUUUAAAGGUGGCUGACAGCACAAAAACAUCAAUCACUCUUUCAUGGACAAAGCCAACAUAUGAUGGAGGUGCUCCUCUUAUUGGAUAUGUAGUUGAAUUGAGAGUCAAGGGCACAGGCAAGAAGGGUGAUGAAAGCUGGAAGAGGUGUAAUGUGGCUGCCCAGCUGAUUGGAACAGAAUUCACAGUGACAAGCCUAGAUGAGAAGCUUGAAUAUGAAUUCCGUGUUUCUGCUCAAAACCAAGUUGGCCUAAGUCAACCAACUUAUCUUAAGGAAGCUGUGUCACCAAGAGAAAUUUUCGAGGCUCCUGAAAUUGAUUUGGAUGCAGAACUAAAGAAAGGUUUGACUGUUAGGGCUGGAUGCCCAAUAAGAUUAGUUGCAACCGUAAGAGGCAGACCUCCUCCCAAGGUCGCAUGGAAGAGAAUGGGAAUUGAUAAUGUGGUCCAGAGGGGCCACGUUGAUGUCAUUGACACAAUGACAUUCCUUGUUAUCUCUGACACUAACCGUGAUGAUUCAGGCAAAUAUUCAUUGACUGUAUCCAGUCCUGCUGGAGAGAAGGCAGUGUUUGUGAAUGUUAAAGUUCUUGAUACACCAGGACCUGUUGUUGGUCUUGAGGGUUUUGACAUCACAACGACAUCUUGCGACCUCUCUUGGUCCCCACCUGUCAGUGAUGGGGGCAGCAACAUCACCCAUUAUAUUGUUGAGAAGCGAGAAAUUGAUCGCAAGACUUGGGGAACAGUGAAAAACAAUGUUGAAAAUACCACAUUUAAAGUUAGUAAUCUUGUCCCAGGAACAGAGUAUUACUUUAGAGUAAUAGCUGUUAAUGAAUAUGGUUCUGGAGUUCCAAAAGUUACACCAAAAUCCUAUUUGGCUUCCGAUCCUCUCAGCAAACCCGACCCACCACAAAAGGUUGAUGUUUUGGAAAUUACUAAGAACAGUGCAACUGUGGGUUGGGUUAAACCACUGCGGGAUGGUGGAGCUAAAAUUGAUGGGUACAUUAUUGACUAUCUUGAGCUACCAAUGCCUAAACCGCCCAAGGAACCAGUAAAGGUUGAGGGCGAGGCUGAGCCUACUAAAGAGCCUGUGGCUCCACCCCCACCUGAACCAAAGGUAGAGGAAGUGAAGGAGGAAAAGGCAGUAUGGACACCAUACACUGUUGUCAAAGGUUUGAGCAUCUCUGUUGCUGGACUUAAGGAGGGAAGAAGAUAUCGCUUCAGAGUGGCAGCAAGAAAUUCCAUGGGAUCCAGUCUUCCCACAGAGACUAGAGAAGCUUAUGAGAUCAAGGAACAGCUAAUGGAGCCCAAGAUCAUUAUGCCUGAGCUUGUCACUGCAAAGGCAGGGGCAAAGCUGAGAGUUGAGGCCCUUGUGUCUGGAAAGCCAAUGCCUACGUGCCAAUGGAAACGUGGAGAAGAUAAUGUAGUCCCAUCUAGCCGUCUUGCUGUGCAUAAAUCUCAGAAUAUGUGUGUUCUUAUCAUCAAAGAUGUUUCAAGACAUGACAGUGGUCAAUACAGCCUUGUUGCCGAAAACAGCUCUGGCAAAGUUGACCAGAUCUUGAAAAUCAUCAUCAGUGAUAUUCCUGGACCACCUGAACCACCAUUUGAGAUCAGUGACAUUGAUUCUGAUGCCUGCACACUGUCUUGGAACAAACCUCUUGAAGAUGGUGGUAGCAUCAUUACUAAUUAUGUGGUUGAAAAGUGUGAUGUAAGCAGAGGAGACUGGGUUAGUGCUCUUUCCAGCUGUGGCAAAACUGGAUGCAGAAUUGGAAAGCUUAUUCCUGGAAAAGAAUAUAUCUUCCGUGCCCGUGCUGAGAACAGAUUUGGUAUUUCAGACCCCCUUACAUCUGAAAGGAUGGUUGCCAAAUUUCCCUUUGAUGUUCCUGGUGAACCUUUGAACUGCCGCAUCACCAAAGUGAACAAAGACUGCAUGUUUGUGGCUUGGGAUAAGCCGGAGUCAGAUGGUGGAAGUCCAGUUACUGGAUACUACAUUGAACGCAAAGAGAGGAACAGUCUUCUUUGGGUUAAGGCUAAUGAUUCUGUUGUUCGCACAACUGAAUAUCCUUGUGCUGGCAUAAUUGAAGGUUUGGAAUACACUUUCAGAGUGUCUGCGAUAAACCGAGCUGGACAGGGCAAACCUAGCAAGAAAUCUGAGUUUGUCACAGCAAGAACACCUGUUGACGCUCCUGGAAAACCAGAGGUGCUUGAUGUAACUAAGAGCACAGUUUCACUGGUUUGGACCAAGCCAAAGAACGAUGGUGGAAGCAAGAUAAUUGGAUACUAUGUUGAGACCUUAAAGGUGCCAGAGGACACUUGGAUGCGUUGCAACACAAGCGUUCAAAAUGUGCCUCGUGAAGAGUACACUGCAACUGGGCUAGAAGAGGGUGCAAAGUACCGGUUUAGGGUAAUUGCCAAAACUGCAGUUAACAUUAGCAAGCCAUCUGAAGUCACUGAUCCUAUACUGGUGUCUGCAGAGAAUAUACCUCCAAGAAUAGAACUUUCCAUACAGAUGAAGAAAAUGUUGCCAGUAAAGGCUGGGUCAGAUGUUUGUCUUGAGGCUGAAGUUUUUGGCAAACCAAUGCCCAAGGUUACAUGGACCAAGAAUGGAGAGGCAUUGAAAGCUGAUAAAGCCUUGAAGAUGUCUCAAAAGAGACACCUCUUUUAUCUGAGCUUUGAUGCAGUAACCAAACUUGAUACAGGAAACUAUGAAAUCCGUGCAGAAAAUGCAAGUGGUUCUACAACCGCAGAAAUACAACUUAAAGUUCUAGAUAUACCUGGCCCACCAGUCUCUAUCAAAUUUGAUGAGGUCCUUUCAGAUCAAAUCAAGCUGAGCUGGAAGGCUCCACUUUCAGAUGGUGGUUCUCCGAUUACAAAUUAUGUUGUGGAUAAACGUGAGACAAGCAGAGCUAACUGGGCCCAGGUCUCUGCUAAAAUCAGUGGUGAUAAAACAGAAUGUCUUGUUGAGCGACUAAUUGAGGGGCAUGAAUACCAGUUCCGUGUUCGUGCUGAGAACCGUUAUGGUGCUGGUGAUGGCAUCAUAUCAGAGCCUGUUGUUGCAAAGAAUCCAUUCACUACUCCUGGAGCAUGUGACCCACCAGUCAUUACAAACGUCACUAAGGAACAUAUGACUGUAAGCUGGAAAGAACCAUCUGAUGAUGGAAAGUCCCCUAUCCUUGGGUAUAUUGUUGAGAAACGUGAGACCCUCGAAAUAAGUUGGACCAGACACAACAGAAAACCCUUGAUGGAAAGAUCAGUUAAAGUUGGAGGGCUCUUUGAGGGAGUGCAGUAUGAGUUUAGAGUUAUUGCUGUCAAUAAGGCUGGCCUUGGCAAACCCAGUGAACCAUCUGAUGCUGUCGCUGCUCUAGAUCCUUUGUAUCCCCCAGGUCCACCUGUUUCCCCCAAGGUCACGGAUACCACCAACAGCACCAUUAGCCUUACUUGGUCUAAGCCUGCUAGUGAUGGUGGAAGUGAAAUUUUGGGAUACCUUGUUGAAUGCAAGAGAACUGAUGCUACAGAUUGGAUACGAUGCAAUGUACCUAAAAACCUUCAAGAUACACAUUAUGUUGUCACUGGACUCUUGGAGAAAUCUGAAUACCAACUUCGUGUUACUGCUGUAAACAAAAUUGGAUUCAGCCAGCCUUCUGAAGUUCCAGAAAAACAUGUUGCCAAAGAUGUUUUCGUUGCGCCGGAGGCUGAGCUUGAUGCAGAACUAAAGGACACUUUGGUCCUAAUGGCUGGCAGCAAAAUGAAACUUCAUGCCAAAAUUAAGGGUCGUCCAACCCCCAGGGUCACUUGGGCCAAGAUGAACACCAACAUUAAGGACAGACAAGGGAUUAUAAUCAAGACCACAGACAAUGAUACAUUAGUUUGUGUUGAUAGAGCAAACCGAUAUGAUGCAGGCAAAUACAUACUGAACCUUGACAGUGCAGCGGGAAUGAAAAUGUACACAGUCAUUGUCAAGGUCCUUGAUACCCCUGGACCUCCAAUGAAUCUAAUGGUAAAAGAGACAUCGAAGGACAGUGCCUCCAUCAUGUGGGAUGCACCUCUUAUUGAUGGUGGAAGUGAAAUUAAAGGUUACAUUGUUGAAAAACGAGAUGCUGAAAGGAAAGCAUGGUCUAUAGUUUCAUCCACUUGUACCAAAACAUCGUUUAAGAUUGAGGAAUUGGAAGCCGGUAGAUCUUACUGUUUCAGGGUUUUGGCUGAAAAUGAAUGUGGUAUUGGUGAGCCAUGUGAAACUGCAGAUGCUGUCAGAGCAACUGAACAACCUGGUCCAGUUAUGGACUUUAAGACCUUGCUGGUUACCAAGGAUUCUUGUACCCUUUCCUGGAAAAGGCCUAUCAGUGAUGGAGGUAGCCGAAUCAUUGCAUACGUGCUUGAGGUCCUUAAUGGUGGAGAUAAAUGGAAGGAGCUUCUUAGAUCAAAGAACAUGCAAUAUAGUGCAAAAGAUCUUGUUGAAGGAAGGGAAUACAAAUACAGAGUAAAAGCAACAAAUGAUUCUGGUGAUGGCCCUGUGAAGGAACUCUCUGUGAUUGCACAAGAUUUAAAUGUUCUCCCAAGCUGUGACUUAAGAGACCUGCCGAAUUUGAACUACAUUGCAAAAGAGGGAAGCAAUGUUCGUCUCAAGAUACCUAUCAGUGGAAAACCUGUCCCUGUAGUCACAUGGAAGAAGGGAGAGGAGGAAACUCUCACAGAUACAGGAAGAGUGUAUGUUGAAUCUACAUCUGUGAAUACAACUCUCCUGAUUCGUGACUGCCAAAGGACUGAUGCCUCAAAGUACACCAUCACUCUUCGCAACGCUGCUGGAACAAAAGAGUCCACAAUUUUUGUCAGAGUUGUUGGUAAACCAGGAAUUCCAACUGGACCAAUCAAGUUUAAGGAAGUGACUGCAGAUGGUGCAACCUUAAAAUGGGGUGCUCCUAAAGAUGACGGCGGAUCAGAAGUUACCAACUACAUUCUUGAGAAACGUGAUUCCAUUACAAAUAUGUGGGUCACAGUGUCCUCAGCAGUGAACACAAACACUUUCAGGGUGACAGGUCUCCAUGAGGGUACUGAAUAUAUCUUUAGAGUCAGUGCUGAAAACAGAUAUGGAGUUGGCGAGGGCCUCAGAUCAGAUCCUAUGAUUGCCAAGCAUCCUUUCAAUGUACCAGAUGCACCUCCUCCACCACAAGUGAUGAGUAUGCGUCAUGAUUCAGCAGUCCUUGCAUGGUCUGAUCCAAGGAAAACUGGAGGCUCACCAAUCACAGGGUACCAUGUUGAAUUCAAGGAAAGAAACAGCAUGUUGUGGAAAAGAGCAAAUCCAGCUCCCUUGAAGAUGAGGGAUUUCAAAGUGAAAGGUUUAACUGAAGGUCUAGAAUAUGAAUUUAGAGUUAUGGCUAUAAAUUUGGCUGGUGUUGGAAGGCCAAGUCCUGCAACUGAGGCAAUGGUUGCCUUGGAUCCAAUUGAUGCACCUGGCAAACCUGAUGUAAUCAGCAUCACUAGAAGCACUGUAACACUUCAAUGGACUGAACCUCAAUAUGAUGGUGGACACAGGCUCACAGGAUACAUUGUUGAAAGACGUGAUCUCCCGGCUAAGGUCUGGGUGAAAGCUAACACAUUGAAUGUUGUCGACUGUGCGUAUACCGUAACAGACUUGCAAGAGGGUUGCAAGUAUGAAUUUAGAAUUAGAGCAAAGAAUGCAGCUGGAGCACUAAGUCCACCCUCGGAACAAACGGAUACCAUUAUUUGCACGGACGAAUAUGCGGCACCAACCAUUAUAAUUGAUCCAACAGUUAAGGAGGGACUUACUGUCAAAGCUGGUGAUACCAUUGUCAUUACAGCAACAAGCAUUCUGGGCAAACCUCAGCCAACCUCUGUGUGGUCAAAGGGUGGAAAAUAUUUCAAGCCAUCAGAUGUGUGCCAAAUAGAAACCGCCCCAUCCUCUUCUACACUUUAUAUUAAGUAUGCAAGUAGGAAAGAAUCUGGAGAGUACACUAUUACAGCAAGUAACCCGUUUGGCGUCAAAGAGGAAAAUGUGAAAGUGACCAUUUUAGAUGUUCCUGGACCACCGGGUCCAAUUGAAGCAAGUGGAAUUUCCUCUGAAAAGGUCACUUUGACAUGGACACCACCUCAUGAGAAUGGUGGGUCUCCAAUUAAGUAUUACACAUUGGAGAAAAGAGAAACAAGCCGCCUUCUUUGGACCAUUCUUGCUGAAAAAGUUAUUGACUGCCACUUUGUGGCCAAUAAGCUUAUUCAGGGAAAUGAGUACAUCUUCCGUGUUUCUGCUGUCAACAAUUCUGGAGCUGGUGAUCCUUCCCAUUCUGAGCCAGUCAAAAUGGUAGAUCACUAUGGUCCCCCAGGCCCUCCAGCUAAACCAGAUAUUGAAAAUGUGGGAGGGAAUUCUGUUACUAUUGCAUGGAAAAGACCAGUUGAGGAUGGUGGAAGUGAUAUAACGGGCUACAUGGUUGAGAAGAAAGAAAAGAAGGGCAUGAGAUGGACACGGGCAUCCAAGAUAGCAAUUGCUGACCUCCACUUUGAAGUGAAAGGGCUAAAAGAGGGAAUUGAAUAUGAAUUUAGAGUAGCUGCUGAGAAUAAGGCAGGUUUUGGAGAACCAAGUGAACCUUCACUGCCUGUGAGGACCAAGCUUGUUGCAGAUGUACCUGGACCACCAGUCAACCCUAGAGUCACUGACACAACAAAAACAACAGCCGAAUUGCACUGGGGCAAACCACUUAGUGAUGGUGGGAUGGAAGUCACAGGAUACCUCAUUGAACACAAAAAAGAGGGAGAAGAAGAAUGGGUGAAAGACACAUCUACACCUUUGAGAAUAACAGAAUUUGUUGUACCUGAAUUGCAGGCUGGAGCCAAGUAUCACUUCAGAAUUAGUGCAAUAAAUGGAAUGGGUGUUAGUAAACCAGCACAAACUGAGGAUCUUGUUGCAAUUAUUGAAAGAGAAGAAAUACCGGAUCUAGAACUUGAUGUAGAACUUAGGAGAACAUUAGUUGUUAGGGCAGGGGCCUCUAUUCGUAUAUUUGUUCCUAUUAAAGGUCGUCCAACUCCUACAGUGACUUGGACCAAAGAGAAUUCCCCAUUAAGGACUCGUGCACACGUUGACAAUACUGAAUCAUAUACCUUAUUGGUCAUCCCUGACUGUAACAGGAAUGAUGCAGGAAAAUAUGACUUGACAUUAAAGAAUGCUGCUGGAUUAAAGACUGCCUCUGUGAAUGUAAGAGUGUUGGACUCUCCUGGACCUCCUCUAAAUCUGAAACCCACAGCCAUUGACAAAGAGAGCGUCACAUUGCAAUGGGAGAUGCCUCUUAUUGAUGGAGGUGCAAAGAUUACCAAUUACAUAAUUGAGAAAAGAGAGUCUACCCGGAAGGCAUAUGCUACAGCAAUCACACAAUGUGGGACACGAUCUGUUAGAGUUCCUGAUUUAGGAGAGGGUUUAGAAUAUUAUUUUAGAGUAUCUGCUGAAAAUGAAUAUGGCAUUGGUGAAGCAGUUGAAACCCCAGACCCCAUCAGAGUAUCUCAGGCACCCACUCCACCACAAAAUAUUACUUUUACUGAUGUCACAAAGAACACAGUCAGUCUUGCAUGGACAAAACCAAAACAUGAUGGUGGAAGUAGAGUUACUGGAUAUGUAGUUGAGGCGCAAAAGAAGGGAACAGACCAGUGGGCCCAUGUGACAACUGUUAAGGCUCUGGGCUGCAUUGUAAAAAAUCUUAAUGAAAAUGAAGAAUAUAUAUUCCGUGUGAUGGCCGUGAACAAUUCUGGAAGAAGCCAACCUUGUGUAAGCCGACUUGUUGUUAUCAGAGAACAAAAUUCUCUGCCAGAAUUUGACCUUAGUGGUGUGUGUAAGAGGGUAGUUAUCGCCAAGGCUGGUGAUAACAUAAAGGUUGAGGUGCCUGUUUCUGGACGUCCUAAACCAACAGUUUCAUGGCAGAAAGACAAUCAACCCCUGAAACUUUCACAACGAUUAUUGACUGAAAAUACCUCCACUUCAACGAUCUUAAUCAUUAAUGAAUGUUUAAGGAGUGACAUUGGUAUAUAUUCAAUGACAGGGAAGAAUAUAGUUGGCUCAGUCACAGAUAGCAUUACGGUAAAAGUGCAUGAUGUGCCUGGACCACCAAAGGGGCCAGUUAAACUAGACAAAAUAUCACGUACGUUCAUUGAGUUCUCCUGGGAUGCUCCUGAAAAUGAUGGAGGAGUGCCAAUUAAUAACUAUAUAGUUGAAAUGAGGGAAACUACGAGUCAAACAUGGGUAGAAUUGUCCUCAUUGAUCAUUCGCACAACAUUCAAAGCAACACGGUUAACUACAGGUGUUGAGUACCAAUUCCGUGUCAAGGCCAAAAAUAGAUAUGGCACAGGGCCUCCAAUAACCUCAGAGGCAGUGGUUGCUGCAUAUCCAUUUAAGGUACCUGGACCACCAGGAACACCCAAAGUUGUUGCUUUCACAAAGGAUACAAUUACAAUUGGCUGGAAUGAGCCUGUUUCUGAUGGUGGAAGUGAAGUCACUGGUUACCAUGUUGAAAGGAAAGAGAGGAACAGCAUUGUCUGGCAAAGGAUUAGCAAAACACUUGUGGCCGGAAAUCUUUUUAAAACCACAGGGCUAGAGGAUGGUAUUGCAUAUGAAUUCCGUGUGUUUGCUGAAAACAUUGCUGGAAUUGGAAAACCAAGCAAAGCUUCUGAACCAAUCCUUGCUCUGGAUCCAGUAGAUCCACCUGGCCAACCUGUCCCCAUCCAUGUGUCCAAAAAUGCUAUAACUAUUAAGUGGACGAAGCCAGAGUAUGAUGGUGGAUUUAAGAUUACUGGGUAUUCUGUGGAAAAGAGGGACCUUCCAUCUGGACGUUGGACAAGAGCUAACUUUACAAAUAUUAUUGAAACUACUUUCACUGUAAGUGGCUUGACACAAGAUGCAUCUUAUGAAUUCCGAGUACUUGCAAGAAAUUCUGUUGGUGCCGUCAGUAACCCAUCAGAUCCAUCAGAUCCAAUUACUUGCAAAGAUGACAUUAUAGAACCAAGAAUUAUGGUUGAUGCCAAAUUUAAAGAUGUUGUGCUUGUAAAAGCUGGAGAGAUGUUCAAACUUGAAGCUGAUGUUGCAGGCCAACCAUUACCAUCCAUGGUUUGGACCAAAGAAGGAAAAGAUGUUGAAAACACACCCAAACUACAAAUUAAAAUGACAGAUCUUACAGCAACCUUAAUCAAUAAGGAUUCUGUUAGAAGGGAUGGUGGUGAAUUUGUUCUGACAGCAACAAAUGUUGGAGGUUUUGCAAAGCAUGUCUUCAAUGUGAAGGUUCUUGAUAGACCAGGACCACCAAGGGGACCUCUGGAAAUUUCAGGUAUAACUGCAGAAAAAUGCAUGCUCACAUGGAAUCCACCUGAUGAUGAUGGUGGGGCAAACAUUGAACAUUAUAUUAUUGAAAAACGUGAAUCAAGCAGACUUGCUUGGACAAAUGUGGCAUCAGACUUGCAGGUUAACCAGUGUCAAGUAACAAAAUUGCUCAAAGGAAAUGAAUACAUUUUCAGAGUUAUGGCAGUUAACAAGUAUGGUGUUGGAGAACCUCUAGAAUCUGAGCCAACCAUUGCUGAAAAUCCAUAUGUUCCACCAAGUCCCCCACAAACACCUGAAAUAACAGCCGUCACCAAGGAUUCAAUGGUUCUCUGUUGGGGAGCACCAACAAGCAAUGGUGGAAGCAAAAUUACUAGUUAUCGCAUUGAAAAGAGAGACAGGAUUAGUUUGCGUUGGGUUAAAUGUAACAAAAAGAAUGUUACUGACUUGCAUUUCAAGGUAACUGGCCUUGUCCCAAGCCAUGAAUAUGAAUUCAGAGUUUUUGCAGAGAAUGCAGCAGGAAUAAGUGAACCAAGUCCUUCAUCACCAUUUGUGAAGGCUACAGAUGCUCUUUUUAAACCAGGACCACCUGGCAACCCAAGAAUUCUAGACACAACAAGUUCUUCCAUCACACUUGCAUGGAACAAACCAGCAUAUGAUGGUGGUUCUGAAAUCACAGGGUAUAUAGUCGAAACAUGUCAUCCUGGAACUGAGGAGGAAGAAUGGACAAUUGUCUCCCCUAAAGAGGGAGUAAAAGGAACUUCAUUUACAAUUACAAAUCUUAAAGAAAAUCAGGAAUACAAAAUUAAUGUGUCAGCAGUAAAUAGUGAGGGUAUUGGAGAACCAGGAUCUGUUCCUGGGUUACACAAAGCAGAAGAAAGACUAGUACCACCAGAGGUUGACCUUGAUGCUGAUCUUCGCAAGAUUGUGAACAUCAGAGCUUGCAAUACACUGAGGCUUUUUGUGCCAAUUAGAGGUAGACCAACACCAGAGGCCAAAUGGACAAGAGAGAAUGAUGAACCUUUAGAUAGAGCUACCAUUGAAACUACAUCAUCUUUUACAUCACUUGUUAUUGGAAAUGUUAAUCGAUUCGACAGUGGCAAAUACAAUUUGACUGUAGAAAACAGCUCUGGAACAAAGACUGUUUCUGUGAUUGUUAGAGUAUUAGAUACACCUGGAGCACCACAAACCCUAAAAAUCAGUAGGGUCACUAAAGAAUCUGUGUCACUUGUGUGGGACCCUCCACUAAAUGAUGGUGGCUCAAAAAUUAAGAAUUAUGUUGUUGAAAAGCGUGAGGCAACCAGAAAGGCAUAUGCUACAGUCAAUGCUAUCUGUCAAAAAACUACUUGUACAGUUGAUCAACUCCAAGAAGGAUGCAACUACUACUUUAGAGUUCUAGCAGAAAAUGUAUAUGGCAUUGGUCUCCCUAUUGAGACUGGUGAAUCAGUCAAAGUUUCUGAGAAGCCACUUCCUCCAGGCAAGAUUACACUUAAAGAUGUAACACAGAAAAGUGUCACAUUAUCAUGGGAGAAACCUGAACACGAUGGAGGAAGUAGGGUGGUUGCAUAUGUUGUUGAGAUGCAGAGUAAAGGUAGUGAGAAAUGGGUCCAAGCUGUGAUUGUUAAGUUACCUGAAGCAGUUAUUACUGGACUUGUGCCUGGUGAGGAAUAUAUGUUCCGUGUUUCUGCAAGAAAUGAAAAGGGAACCAGUGAUCCUCGUCAAAUGGGUGUACCUGUAAUUGCCAAAGACCUUGUAAUUGUUCCAUCCGCUAAGCUGUUGUUUUCAACAUUCAGUGUUUUGGCAGGAGAGGAUUUGACAAUUGAUAUUCCAUAUGUAGCUCGUCCCAAUGCCACCAUUUCAUGGAUGAAGGAAGCAGCUCCACUUAAACGAACAACCAGAGUAAACUUCUCUUCCACAGAUUCACAGCUCAGUCUAGUAAUUAAAGAGGCUUGUAGAGAAGAUGUUGGUCAGUAUAGCAUCAAGCUAUCAAAUACAGCUGGUGAGACAACAGCAGAAGUUGGACUGGUUGUUCUUGACAAACCUGGUCCACCUGCAGGCCCUGUUAAAUUUGAAGAAAUAACAUCUGAGAGUGUUACUAUUUCUUGGAAGCCUCCUGAGUAUGAUGGGGGCUGCACCAUUAACAAUUACAUAGUAGAAAAGAGAGACACAUCCACAACAACUUGGCAGUUUGUAUCAGCAAAUCUAGCAAGAACUAAAAUUAAAGUGGGAAGAUUAAAAAGAGGCACAGAAUAUCAAUUCAGAAUUGCAGCAGAGAACAGAUAUGGCAAAAGCCCUCUCCUUGUGUCUGAGUGUGUUGUUGCACAGUAUCCAUACAAAGUGCCAGGACCUCCUGGAACACCCUUUUUGCAAUCCUCCACAAAAGAUACUAUGGUGGUGGUGUGGAAUGAACCUGUCAUUGACGGUGGAAGCACCAUUUUAGGAUAUCACCUUGAACGGAAAGAGAGAAAUAGCAUUCUUUGGAUAAAAUUAAACAAAAGUUUAAUCCAAGACACAACUUUCAAGACUACAGGUCUUGAUGAAGGCUUGGAGUAUGAGUUUAGAGUUUAUGCUGAAAACAUUGUUGGUAUUGGCAAGGCUAGCAAAAUCUCAGAAGGCUAUGUUGCCAGAGAUCCUUGUGAUCCUCCUGGAACACCAGAAGCAGUCAAGAUCACAAAGAGUUCUGUUACAAUUGUAUGGACCAAGCCAGAGUAUGAUGGUGGAAGCAAAGUCACUGGAUAUAUUGUGGAGAAGAAGGAACUGCCUGAGGGACGAUGGAUGAAAGCAAAUUUCACUAAUGUAAUAGAGACUGAGUAUACAGCAACAGGCCUUACAGAGGACCAGAAAUAUGAGUUCCGUGUCAUUGCAAGAAAUGCUGCAGGAGUCUUCAGUGAUCCUUCAUAUAGUACUGGACCUAUUAUGGCAAAGGAUGAGAUCGAACCACCGCGUAUCAGCAUAAAUCCAGAGUACACUCAGACUAUUUUAGUAAAUGCAGGAGACAGUUUUAAGAUUGAUGCUGAUGUUCAUGGGAAACCAGUACCUACAAUACAUUGGAUGAAGGGUGAGCAGGAACUUGGAAAUACUAUACAUCGUGAAAUUAAAAGCACAGAUAGCUUUACCUGUCUGACUGUAAAAGAGGCCAAACUUGCUGAUGGAGGUCAAUAUACUCUAAUGCUACGAAAUCCAGGAGGAGAAAAAGUUGUCAAAGUGAGUGUCCAUGUCCUAGAUAAACCUGGGCCACCGGAGGGACCUAUCUCCAUCACUGGUGUAACCAGUGAGCAGUGCAUUCUUGCUUGGAAGCCACCUAAACAGGAUGGCGGCAGCAAGAUCACUCACUAUAUAGUUGAAAAAAGAGAGACCAGCAGACUACUUUGGACUGUGGUUGAGCCCAAAGUUCAAGCUGAAGAUCUUAAAGUAACAAAACUCCUGGAGGGAAAUGAAUACAUUUUCAGAGUUUCACCAGUUAAUCAGUUUGGUGUUGGUGAGCCACUACAGUCAAGUGCAGUUACUAUCAAGAAUCCAUUUACACCUCCAGAUGCACCAAAAGGAGUGGAGGUUUCUGAAGUCAAGAAAGAUUCAAUGGUCUUAACCUGGGAGACGCCCACAAAUAAUGGUGGCACUCCUAUCACUGGCUAUAUUAUCGAAAAACAUGACAAAGAAGGUGUAAGGUGGACCAGAUGCAACAUGAACACAGUUACUAACCUUACAUUCAAAGUUACUGGACUCCAUGAAAACCACCUCUAUGAAUUUAGAGUUACCGCUGAGAAUGCUGCUGGAGUUAGUGAGCCAAGUUCUGCAACUGUUUUCUAUAAAGCUGUAGAUCCUAUAUUCAAGCCAGGUCCACCAAAUAAUCCAAAACUGAUAGACAUGACAAAAUCAUCUGUUGUACUUUCAUGGGGAAAGUCUAUUUAUGAUGGUGGCUGUGCGAUCCAGGGAUACAUUGUUGAAGCAUGUGAAGUAAAAGCAGCUACAGAGGGGGAAAAGGUUUCAGAAGAAGGCAAGGCAGUUGCUGAGGAAUGGACAAUGUGCACCCCACCAACAGGUGUUAAACUGACACACUUUACUAUAGAAAAUUUGAAAGAAAAUCAAGAAUACAAAUUCAGGGUUUGUGCAGUUAACAAAGUUGGUGUUGGAGAGCAUGCUGAUGUUCCUGGGCCCAUCCUGCCAGUGGACAAAAUAGAGGAACCAGAUCUUGAUAUUGAUCCUGAGUUUAGAAAGCUCAUCCGAAUUAAAGCUGGAUGUUCUCUUAGGAUGUUCGUUCCCUUCAGAGGAAGACCAGCCCCACAAAUCAAAUGGGAAAAAGAUGGUGGGUCAGUUAAGGAAACAGCACAGAUUGAGACCACCAGCAGUUACACUUAUCUUGUGAUUGAUCAAAUUAACAGGGCAGACAGUGGUAAAUACACUGUGACAGCAGAAAACUCUGCUGGUUCAAAAUCUGAAAUUAUUAGCGUUAAAGUCCUUGACACACCAAGUGCUCCCCUCAACCUUAAAGUGGAAGAAAUCACAAAAGAAUCUGUUACUCUUACAUGGGAGCCUCCAUCUUUGGAUGGUGGAGCAAAGAUAAAAAAUUACAUUGUUGAGAAACGUGAGAGCACUAGAAAAGCAUUUUCCGCUGUUGUCACAAACUGCCACAAACUUUCAUGGAAAAUUGAACCACUUCAAGAAGGCUGCAGUUACUAUUUCAGAGUGCUUGCAGAAAAUGAACAUGGAGUAGGGUUACCUGCAAACAUUGUAGAUCCCUUGAAAGUUUCAGAGGUGCCACAGUGCCCUGGAAAAUUAAGUGUUGUAGAUGUUACAAAAACAAGUGUCUCUCUAGCUUGGGAAAAGCCAGUUCAUGAUGGUGGCAGUAGAAUUCUUCAGUAUCUUGUUGAGAUGCAAGUUAAGGGUAAUGAGAAAUGGUCUAAUUGUGCCAAUGUAAAAUCAUUAGAAUGUGUGAUUAGUAAUUUGAAUUCUGGAGAAGAGUAUACUUUCCGAGUAAUUGCUGUCAAUGAAAAAGGAAAAAGUGACCCAAGAACACUUGCUGUCCCAGUGCAAGCAAAGGACCUUGUCUUUGGACCUGAUGUAAGACCUGCAUUUAGCAAUUACAGUGUUCUUGUUGGAAAAGACCUCCAAGUUGAGAUUCCAGUUUCUGGUCGCCCAAAGCCAAAGAUCACAUGGACAAAAGAUGGUGCACCACUUAAAUUCACAACAAGGGUCAACAUUUCUAAUACAGUGCACAGCACUAUUCUUAGCAUUAAAGAAGCAGCAAGAGAAGACAGUGGAAUGUAUGGAAUCAAUGUGUCUAAUUCUGUUGGACAAAAAGAUGCCUCUAUUGAAGUUAUCACUCUUGAUAAGCCUGGCCCACCAACUGGCCCUGUGAGAUUUAAUGAGAUAACUGUAUCAAGUGUUACAUUGUCAUGGGAUCCACCUAAGUUUACUGGUGGUUGUCCAAUUUCAAAUUACAUUGUACAAAAACGAGAUACAACAACCACAACAUGGGAGAAUGUUGCUAGUUCAGUAGCAAGAACAACACUGAAAGUGCAACGACUAAAGACUGGUGUUGAAUAUCAAUUCAGAGUCAUUGCUCAAAACAGGUAUGGCAAGAGUUAUGCUUUGGACUCUUCACCUGUCGUUGCUCAGUAUCCAUAUAGAGAACCAGGACCACCAGGAACUCCAUUUGUGUCAUCCCUGUCUAAGGACCAUAUGAUAGUUGAAUGGCAUGAACCAGUUUCAGAUGGAGGUAGCAACAUUAUUGGAUACCAUCUUGAGAGGAAAGAGAGAAACAGCAUUCUUUGGACAAAGAUAAAUAAGACAGUGAUUCAAGAAACAAGAUUCAAAACCAGUCCUUUAGAAGAAGGUAUUGAAUAUGAGUUCAGAGUCUAUGCUGAAAAUAUUGUUGGCAUUGGCAGAUGUAGUAAAAUCUCAGAGGGCUGUGUGGCUCGUGAUCCAUGUGAUUCGCCUGGAACCCCAGAAGCUAUCCAUGUCAGUAAAGAUUCCAUAACCAUACAGUGGACGAAGCCAGAGUAUGAUGGUGGAAGUGUUAUCACUGGUUAUACUGUGGAGAAACGUGAUCUUCCAGAGGGACGCUGGGCAAAAGCAAGUUUCACAAACGUAAUUGAAACCAAUUUUACUGUCACUGGGCUAACAGAAGGUGCCAAGUAUGACUUCAGGGUAAUUGCAAAAAAUGCAGUUGGCACUAUCAGCAAACCAUCAUACAAUAGUGGACCCAUUGCUGCACUGGAUGAGGUAGAGCCACCAAAGUUCUCAAUUGAUCCAGAAUACACCCAGGCCCUUAUUGUGAACGCAGGAGAUACAUUUAAACUUGAUGCUGAUGUCCAUGGUAAGCCACUUCCCACAAUACAAUGGUUUAAGAAUGACAAGGAGCUUGAAAGCACACUUAGAUGUGACAUCAAAAACACUGACAACAGAGCAUUAGUCACAGUAAAAGAUGCAACCAGGCAAGAUGGUGGAAACUACACCCUUCAGAUCACUAAUAUUGCUGGCUCACAGACUGUUCCAUUUCAUGUGAAAGUGCUUGAUAAACCAGGUCCACCAGAUGGGCCUAUUCAUUUCACAGGUGUGUCCAGCAAUAAAUGCACUAUAUCAUGGCAAGCUCCACAAGAUGACGGAGGAAGCAGUAUUACCCAUUACAUUAUUGAAAGGCGUGAAACAAGUCGCCUUGCUUGGACUGUGGUCAGUAAUGAUUGUAAAGAAACAGUAUACAAAGUGACAAAGCUUUUGGAAGGUAAUGAAUAUAUAUUCCGUGUCAUGGCUGCCAACAGUUAUGGUGUUAGUGAAGCAAUUAUUACACCAUGCAUAAUAAUGAAGGAUCCAUUUGGUCACCCUGGAUCACCACAGAUUACUGAGGUAACAAAUAUAGCCAAGGAUUCUAUGACUAUUUGUUGGAAUGCACCAGACAGUGAUGGUGGAAGUGAAGUUCUUGGUUACAUCAUUGAGAAAAGAGACAGAUCUGGAAUUAGAUGGACAAGAUGCAAUAGACAUAAAGUCACAGAUGUAUGUUUCAGAGUGCAAGGGCUAAUUGAGGAUCAUGAAUAUGAAUUUAGAGUAUCAGCUGAAAAUGCAGCUGGAAUUGGAGAACCAAGCUUGCCAACUUCAUACUACAAGGCCUGUGAUCCCAAAUUUAGUCCUGGCCCACCCAUGCAUGGGAAUGUUGUCGAUACAACAAAGUCUUCAAUUACAGUGGCAUGGGCAAAACCCCUUAAUGAUGGGGGAUGUGCAAUUCAAGGCUACAUUGUUGAGAUCUGCAAAGCCGAAGAGGAGGAAUGGAUUAUGUGCACUCCCCCUACUGGCUUACGAGUAAACAAAUUUGAAAUUACUAAACUAACAGAACAACAAGAAUAUAAGAUUCAAAUAUGUGCCAUCAAUAAAUUAGGUGUUGGAGAACCUUUGGUUAUUCCAGGAACUGCCAAACCUGAGGAUAAGCUAGAGGUCCCUGAAAUUCACCUUGAUUCAGAGCUCAGAAAAGGCAUUGUUGUCCGUGCUGGAGGAUCAGUUCGAAUCAAUGUACCAUUCAAAGGUAGACCGACACCAAAUAUCAAAUGGACUAAAGAUGAAGGCGAACUGUCAGAAAAGACAGUGGUUGAAAAAGGUCUUAACUUCACCCAGCUAUCAAUCGACUCCUGUGAUAGAAGGGACUCUGGAAAAUACACAGUGGUGUUGGAGAACAGUAGUGGCUCUGUAUCUGAAUAUGUUGCAGUUAAAGUGUUAGAUACUCCUGGAGCACCACUGAACCUUGUAGUUAAGGAUGUCAAGAAAGACUCAAUCACUCUGGUUUGGGAACCACCACUUGUUGACGGAGGUGCAAAGAUUAAGAAUUAUGUUGUUGACAAGCGUGAAUCUACAAGAAAGGCUUAUGCAAAUGUAACAUCCAAGUGCAUCAGUACAACCUAUAAAGUGGAAAAUCUUACAGAAGGGGGCAUGUAUUACUUUAGAGUUAUGGCUGAAAAUGAAUAUGGUGUUGGUUUACCAGUGGAAACAAAGACUGCUUCAAAGGCCUCUGAAGUACCUGAGCCAGUUGGAAAAGUAAUGUUGACUGACGUAACUAAAACAAGCGCAUCACUGGCCUGGGAAAAACCAGAGCAUGAUGGUGGUAGUAGGAUUGUUGGCUUUUUGAUUGAAAUGCAGCCUAAAGGAACUGACAAAUGGGGUGUAGCAACAAAUGUAAAAACAUGUGAAGGAAUGGUCACCGGAUUGACAGCUGGUCAGGAAUAUUUGUUCCGUGUUCUGGCAUAUAAUGAAAAAGGCAAGAGCGAGCCAAAACCCCUUGCUGCUCCUGUUAUUGCCAAUGACCUCACAAUUGAACCAAGCCUUAAGUUGCAGUUCAAUACAUAUAGUAUCAAAUCUGGAAAAGACUUCAAACUUGAAAUACCAAUUUUUGGACGUCCAAAACCAAAGAUCACUUGGACAAAAGAUGGACAGUCACUUAAUGUAACAUCCAGAGUUACUACUUCAAACACAUUAACAUCCACAAUCCUACAGAUUACUAAAGCCUGUAAAGAUGACUUUGGAAAGUAUGCAGUUACAGCAACUAAUAGUGUUUGUGCAGUUACAGAAGAUAUUGGCAUCAUAAUUCUUGAUAAACCUGGUCCACCCACAGGACCAGUAAAAGUAAAUGAAGUCAGCAAUAACUCUGUUUCCAUUUCAUGGGAACCACCAGAGUAUACUGGAGGCUGCCAAGUGAAGCAUUAUAUUGUUGAAAAACGAGAAACUACUGAAACUACUUGGCAAGUUGUUGCUGGAUCAGUUGCAAGGACAUCUCUGAAAAUUACCAGGUUAAAAAAAGGUGCUGAGUAUCACUUUAGAGUUAUUGCUGAAAACAGAUAUGGUAAGGGUGCUCCCUUGGAUUCAAAGUCAGUUGUUGUGCAAUAUCCUUACAAACCUCCUGGGCCACCUGGUACACCUUAUGUUAAGUCUGCCACCAAGGAUCAAAUGAUAAUUGAGUGGAAUGAGCCAGUUAAUGAUGGUGGUAGUUCAGUAAUUGGUUACCACCUUGAGAGCAAAGAAAGAACAAGUAUUCUUUGGACAAAACUAAACAAAAUCCUUAUUGCUGAUACUGUUUUCAAGAUAUGUAACCUUGAAGAAGGCAUUGGAUAUGAAUUCAGGGUAUAUGCAGAAAACAUUGUUGGCAUUGGCAGAGCAAGCAAAGCUUCUGAGAGCUUUAUUGCCCGUGACCCAUGUGAUCCACCUGGUACUCCUGAGGCUGUGACAAUAUCAAAGAACCAUAUUAAGAUUCAGUGGACAAAGCCUCAGUAUGAUGGUGGCAGCAAGGUGACUGGAUAUAUUGUUGAAAGGAGGGACUUGCCUGAGGGCAGAUGGACGAGGGCAAACUUUACAAAUGUAAUCGAGACCGAAUUUACAAUGACAGGCUUAACAGUAGACAAUCAGUAUGAAUUUAGAGUAAUUGCAAGAAAUGCUUCUGGUGUCUUCAGUGACCCAUCUGACAGCACUGGACCAAUUACUACUAAAGAUGAAAUCGAACCUCCUAGUGUUUCAAUGGACCCUAAGUACAAGGAUGUCAUUGUUGUCAAUGCUGGAGAGAAUUUAGUUUUGGAUGCAGACAUCCAUGGAAAACCCACACCUGUUAUCCAAUGGCUGAAAGAAGGAAAAGAAAUGGCCAAGUCGUUGCGCAUUGAAGUAAAAAGUGCACUGAAUAAUGCUUCUAUUACAAUCAAAGACUGUACAAGGUUAGAUAGUGGACAUUAUGAUCUUGUUUUAAGUAACAGCGGUGGAACAAAAACAAUUCCAAUAACAGUGAAAGUUCUUGAUAGACCAGGUGCACCCACUGGACCACUACAAAUUACUGGUGUCAUGUCUGAUAGAUGUAACCUGUUCUGGUCUGAGCCCUCUCAGAAUGGUGGUGCUAAUAUUUCCCAUUAUAUCCUUGAGAAAAGGGAAACUAGCAGGCUAUCAUGGACUGUUGUUGAUUCCAACAUUCCAACUGUGAGUUACAAGGUGACAAAGCUUCUGCAAGGUGAUGAGUAUAUCUUUAGAGUUAAGGCUGUCAACAAAUAUGGAGUUGGUGAUCCAUUAGAAUCUGAGGCAGUUACUGCACGUAAUCCGUACAAGCCCCCAAGUGCACCAUCAACACCAGAGGCAAGAGAGAUAACAAAGGAUUCAAUGACUCUGUCAUGGAAUGCACCAGAGAAUGAUGGUGGAGCAGAAAUUACAUGUUAUCACGUGGAAAAGCGUGAUAAGGAAGGUGUGAGGUGGACAAAAUGCAACCGACAGAAGUUGAAUGAUUUGAAUUUCAAAGUUACCGGUCUUUCAGAAGGUCAUUUCUAUGAGUUCCGUAUUUCUGCUGAAAAUGAAGCUGGUAUUGGAGAAUUUAGUGAUUUAUCUCAAUUUUAUAGAGCAGCAAAUGCCAUAACUCCACCAAGUCCACCACAUCAUCCUAAAGUGACAGAUCACACAAGCUCAUCUGUAUCUUUGUCUUGGGGUAAACCUGCUACUGAUGGUGGAGCAUAUGUCAAAGGUUAUAUUGUUGAGAUGAAGGAAGUUUCUUCAGAGGAAUGGAUCAUUUCCACACCACCAGCUGGGAUACAAGCAACACGCCUAACAGUUGAAAACCUGAAGGAGAAUUCUGAGUAUAACUUUAGAGUCUGUGCAAUAAACUCUGAAGGAGUCAGUGAACCUGCUGAUGUUCAUGGCUCAGUGACCGCAUGUGAAAAAAUGGAAGCACCUGAGAUUGAACUUGAUGCUGACCUCAGGAAGGUUGUUUCUGUCCGUGCAGGGGGAUCCCUUCGCCUUUUCAUUACAAUUAGAGGGAGACCUGAGCCAUCUAUCAAAUGGGAAAAAGAGGAUGGAACUCUGACUGAGCGUGCCCAGAUUGAGUCCACAGGUUCAUAUACUAUGCUUGUAAUUGAUAAUGUCAAUAGAUUUGACAGUGGAAAAUACAUCUUGACUCUUGAAAAUAAGAUUGGCACAAAAUCUUCAUUUGUCAAUGUAAGGGUGCUUGAUACACCAAGUGCUCCACAGAAGUUUGAAGUGAAAGAUGUCAAGAAGGACUCAGCGACUCUCUGCUGGGAGCCACCCCUUACAGAUGGUGGAGUUAAAAUAACUAAUUAUGUUGUUGAGAAGCGAGAAUCUACAAGGAAGGCUUAUACAACUGUGACAAGCAACUGCACACAAACUUUCUUUAAAGUUGAAGAACUGCAGGAGGGAGGAAUUUUUUACUUCCGUGUGUGUGCUGUUAAUGUGUAUGGCUUUGGUAUGAUGGCAGAAACAAAAACUCCUGUCAAGGUGGCACAGGUACCUAUGCCUCCAGGAAAAGUAACUCUUGUGGAUGUCACAAAGAAUAGUGUGACACUCUCUUGGCUAAAACCUGUCCAUGAUGGAGGCAGCAAAAUAAUCUGCUACAAUGUAGAGAUGCAACCCAAGGGCAGUGACAAAUGGGGUGUAAGCUGUACAGUUAAGGUUCUAGAAGCUACUGUAAGCAACCUCACACCUGGUGAAACAUACGCUUUUAGAGUUAUUGCAGUUAAUGAGAAGGGCAAGAGUGAGCCUCAAGAACUUGGUGUGCCUGUUGUAGCUAAAGAUAUUGAAAUUGAACCCUCAGUAAAUUUGCUGUUCAAUACCUUCAGUGUUAAAGCUGGGGGUGAUCUUUCUGUGGAAGUUCCUGUAAGAGGCAGACCUAAGCCAGUUGUCUCUUGGAAAAAGGAUGGUCUUCCUCUGAGGCAAACAACCUCUCUUUCAGUCAUCAACACUCAGCUGUCAAGCAAAAUUGUCAUCAAAGAAGCUUCUAUUGAACAUGUUGGUAAAUAUGAAAUCACUCUCGCUAAUACAGCAGGUACCAUGUCCACAGAUAUUGCUGUUGUUGUUCUAGAUAAACCAGGGCCACCAGCUUCAGUAAAGGUUGAUGCUGUGACUUCUGACAGUAUUACAUUGUCAUGGACCCCACCAGAGUAUAAUGGUGGAUGCUCUAUCAAUAAUUACAUUGUUGAGAAGAGAGAUACCACCACAACAGAGUGGCAUAUUGUUUCAUCAAAUGUUGCCAGAACAUCAGUCAAGGUUCCUAGAUUGACUCAAGGCUCUGAGUACCAGUUCCGAAUUUUUGCUGUGAACCGCUAUGGAAAGAGUAAGCCAAUCGACUCUCCAUGCAUUACUGCAGAGUAUACAUUCAAACAGCCUGGCCCUCCUUCAACACCCCGUGUUGUUCAUGCCACCAAAGCGUUCAUGUUGGUUACAUGGAAUGAACCUGUUAAUGAUGGUGGUAGCACAGUCCUUGGAUAUCAUUUAGAACGCAAGGAAAGAACCAGUAUUCUUUGGACAAAGGUGAACAGGAUCCUAAUUAAGAAUACUGAAUAUAAAGUAACUGGCAUUGAGGAAGGCAUGGUGUAUAAGUUCCGGGUCUAUGCUGAAAACAUUGCUGGAAUUGGCAAGGCAAGCAAAACAAGCGAGUCCAUGGCAGCAAGAGAUCCUUGUGAUCCUCCUGGUCAGCCUGUGAUUACUAGCAUGACCAAGUCUUCUGUAUCCCUUUCUUGGGCGAAACCUGAGUAUGAUGGUGGAGCCAAAGUUAUUGGUUACAUUAUUGAACGUAGAGAUCUCCCACAGGGUCGCUGGGUAAGAUGCAAUUUUACCAAUGUUGCAGAGACCUACUUUGAUGUUACUGGCCUAACAAUGGAUGAACAAUAUGACUUCCGUAUUAUUGCAAAGAAUGCUGCUGGACUGUUUAGUGAGCCAUCUGAUAACACUGGUCCUAUUACAGUUAAAGACAAUGUAGAUCCACCACGCAUUAUGAUGGAUGUCAAAUUUAAAGAAGUUGUGCUAGUUAAAGCAGGGGAAACCCUGAAGAUUAAUGCUGAUAUUGCAGGACGCCCACUUCCAGUUUCAUCUUGGUCAAAGGAUGGACAUGAACUUGAACACAAAGCAAGAAUUCAGAUAACUGGAACAGAUACUAAUACUAUGAUAGUCAUUAAAGACUGCAAACGAAGUGAUUCUGGACAGUAUUCCUUGACAUUAAAGAAUGUGGCAGGAAGUGUUACAACACCAGUAAAUUGUGUUAUUCUUGAUAAACCAGGGCCUUCAGCAGGUCCCUUGUCAGUUACAGGCCUCACAGCAGAGAAGUGCACAUUGUCAUGGGGACCACCUCAAGAAUCAGGUGGUGCUGAAAUAACACAUUAUGUUGUUGAGAAAAGAGAGACCAGCCGUUUGGCAUGGACACUUGUAGAUGGAGAGGUCAAAACUACCGUAUUCAAGGUCACUAAGCUCCUGAAAGGAAAUGAGUAUAUAUUCAGAGUUUUGGCAGUCAACAAGUUUGGACUUGGUGAAGCACUUGAAAGUGAAAUUGUUAAAGUUACUGAUCCAUACACCAUCCCAGCAGCUCCUACUAAUGUGGAUAUCACAAGUGUGACCAGUGAAGCAAUAACCAUUACUUGGGCAAAGCCUAGUUCUGAUGGAGGAAGUGAGAUCCUUGGAUACAUAGUUGAAAGGAGAGAGAAAUCUGGUAUUCACUGGGUCCGUGUAAACAGAGAGCUUGUGACAGAUCUAACAGCUGAUAUAUCAAAAGUACGAAGAGGAUGUGAAUAUGAAUUCAGAGUUUAUGCUGAAAAUGCAGCAGGUUUGAGUCCAGCUAGUGAUCCAUCUGCUUCAGUAAAGGCUGAAGAUGAACUUCUGGUUCCAUCCCCACCAUCUAAACCAAAGAUUCUAGAUCAUACAAAUAAUUCAAUUACUAUUGCCUGGAAAAAGCCUUCAUCUGAUGGUGGUGCACCGAUUUCUGGAUACAGUGUAGAAUAUAAGAAAUCUGAGGAAGAGGUGUGGGUUGUGGCUAUUCAAAUGACAAAGAGCAAUGAAUUCACAAUUUCUGGUCUUACACCUGACGCAGAGUAUGUAUUUGCUGUUAAAGCAAUGAAUAAAGUUGGUGUAAGUGAGCGGUCACCUAUUUCUGAGGCACAGUCAGCGAAAGACAGAAAAGAGGAGCCUGUGUUUGAGGUUGACAUUGAAAUGCGAAAGACUUUAAUUGUCAAGCAUGGCAAUUCAUUUACUUUGACAGCACGAUUUAAGGGAAUGCCAGUACCUUCAGUUACAUGGAGUAAAGAAGAAGUGGAUCUUAAAGCCAGAGCAAGCAUUGAAACAACUAAAAACUGCACAUCUAUUACUAUUGAGAAAGCAACAAGAAAUGACUCUGGACAAUACAUUGUUAAUUUAGACAAUGGUAUUGGAACUGCAUCUUUGCCAAUAGUAGUCAAAGUUCUUGAUUCCCCUGGACCACCCACUAAUGUAAAGAUUACAGAAGUCACAAAGGAUUCUGCUACAGUUACUUGGGAAGCUCCAGAAAAUGAUGGAGGAGAUGCUGUUAAGGCAUAUCAUGUUGAGAAACGUGAAGCAAGCAAAAAGGCCUGGGUAUCUGUAACAAGCAGCUGUCACAGUUUGACAUACAAAGUAGAAGACUUACAAGAAGGGGCAGUCUACUACUUCAGAGUUAUUGGAGAAAACGAGUAUGGUAUUGGUGUACCUAAUGAAACUAAAGAUGGAACUAAGAUUACAGAAAAACCAAGUCCACCUGCUAGACUUGGUGUUACUGCUGUCACAAAGGAUAGUGUGACAAUUGCAUGGUCAAAACCAGAGCAUGACGGUGGAAGCCGCAUUACCAGUUACCUAAUUGAUGCCCUUGAAAAGGGCCAACAGAAGUGGGUUAAAUGUGCCGUCGUUAAAACUAAUACCCACACAAUUAAGAGCCUGAGAGAAAAUAGAGAAUACUUCUUUAGAGUUCGUGCUGAGAAUCACGCUGGUCUCAGUGAACCAAAAGAAAUGAUAAUUCCUGUGGUUGUGAAAGAUCAGCUGGAUGCCCCAGAGUUUGACAUGAAGAACUUCCCCCACAACACUGUUUAUGUGAGAGCAGGAUCAAAUCUUAAGUUUGAGCUUCCUCUGUUUGGCAAACCAAUGCCAAAAGUCACAAUGACAAGAAGUAAUGUUCCAGUUAAAUGUGGAAAGCGAUUUAGCUUUGAAGUAACCCCUGAAAGUCUAAAUAUCAAUCUAAAGGAAAGUAUUGCAAGUGAUGCUGGAAGAUAUGACAUUGUUGCCUCAAACACAAGUGGAACAACCAAGAUGUUUGUAAACAUCCUUGUCCUUGACAGACCAGGUCCUCCGGUUGGUCCCAUUGAAGUUAGUGAUGUGGGAGAGACAAGCUUGUGUCUUAAAUGGCUCCCACCUUUGUAUGAUGGUGGCACUCCUGUCACAAACUAUGUUGUUCUUAAACGUGAAACAAGUACCCCAGCAUGGACAGAAGUGACAUCUACAGUUGCCAGAAAUGCUAUUAAAGUGACCAAACUUACAAAGGGAGAAGGAUACCAAUUCAGAAUAAAAGCUGAGAAUCGCUUCGGCAUCAGCGACCACAUUGAUUCUCAGUCAGUUAUAGUGAAGCUUCCUUACACUGUCCCCGGACCACCAUCAUCACCAUGGGUUGCCCUUGUGUCAAGGGAAAGCCUCACUGUAUGCUGGAAUGAGCCAGUAAUUGAUGGAGGAAGCCCUGUCUUUGGAUACCAUGUUCAAAUGAAAGAAAGAAGCAGCAUUCUUUGGCAGACAGUGAACAAAACAGCAAUCUCUGCAACUCAAAUUAGAGUGUCAAAUAUAUGUUCUGGAAUGAUUUAUGAGUUCAAGGUAGCUGCACAAAAUGCAGCUGGUAUUGGAAAGUUCAGCAAAACUUCUGAAGAAGUACUAGCCAUUGAUGCCUGUGAACCACCAGCAAAUGUGAGAAUUUCCGAGGUUACCAAAAAUUCAGUUAGCCUUGUUUGGCAGAAACCACCAUUUGAUGGUGGAAGUAAAAUCACCGGGUACAUGGUUGAGAGAAGAGACGCUCCAAAUGGCAGAUGGACAAAGGCAAACUUUACCAAUGUCAUUGAUACUAACUUUACUGCGUCAGGCUUGACACAGGAUCAGUCAUAUGAAUUCAGGGUCUUUGCCAAGAAUGCAGUUGGUUCUGUGAGCAACCCAUCACUGAUUGCAGGUCCAGCAACCUGUGUUGAUAUUUCAGGUGCACCAGUUAUUGACCUUCCUCCAGAGUACUUGGAUGUUGUGCAAUACAAAGCUGGUGCAUCAAUUAAGAUUAAAGUGGGAAUAACUGCUAAACCAUUGCCAACCAUUGAAUGGCUUAAAGACGGAAAGGAAUUAGUGUCAAGUGCACAGCUGUCAAUUGAGAACACAACUGAUUCAUCCGCUAUCCUCAUUAAGGAUUCCACUCGUCUUAAUACUGGAACCUAUGAGAUCAAAAUCAAGAAUGUGUUUGGCACAGCGUCUGCUUCUAUUAGAAUACAGAUUCUAGACAAACCUGGACCUCCAGUUGGACAAAUCGAAUUCAAAUUAGUCACUGCUGACAAGGUAAUACUUGCAUGGGAGCCAGUGGCUGAUGAAGGAGGUGCCAAAGUAACUCAUUACAUUGUAGAAAAACGUGAGACAAGUAGAGUAGUGUGGUCCACAGUCUCUGAAGCAACAGAACAACGUAUGGUAACUGCACAGAAGUUGGGCAGAGGAAAUGAAUACGUCUUCCGGGUCAGAGGCGUUAAUAAAUUUGGAGCUGGAGAACCUCUGGAGUCUGACCAAGUUAUUGCCAAAAAUGCAUUCGUGACACCGGGACAGCCUUUUACACCAACAGCAACAGAAAUCACCAGAACAUCAAUGCAGAUUGUUUGGGAUGUACCUGGUGUUGAUGGUGGUAGCAUGGUUACAGGCUACUAUUUAGAGAGACGUGAUAAAAAGAGUCUACGUUGGGUAAAGGUGUACAAAGACCCCAUUAAGGACACCAAAGCGAAGGUCCAUCAUCUCACAGAAGGAAAUGAAUAUCAGUACCGUGUAUGUGCAAUUAAUAAAGCUGGGGAAGGUCCACACUCAGAUGUUUCCGAUUUCUACAAAGCUGCUGAUCCAGUUGACCCACCAUAUGAACCAACUAAGCUGAAAGUUGUUGACUCAACUAAAUCAUCAAUCACACUUGCGUGGUCAAAACCAGAAUGUGAUGGAGGCAGUGAAAUCACCAGCUAUGUUGUAGAGAAAAAAAUUGGUCAAGAAGGGGAAUGGACAGUGAUUAGCCACAAGGGUGAAGUAAGAACUACAGAGUAUGUUGCAUCAGGUCUUAAACCAGAUGUUGACUACUACUUCCGUGUAUCUGCUGUCAACUGUGCUGGUCGUGGAGACCCAAUAGAAAUGGAAGAAUCAGUCCAAGCCAAAGAUAUUCUUGAGGAAGCCCAGGUUGAUACUGAUGUUGCAAUGAGAACUCACUACAUUGUGAAAGCUGGUCAAGAUAUUGAAAUUAUGGUCCCACUUAAAGGCAGACCUGCUCCAGUUGUCUCUUGGAAGAAAGAAGACCAAAACAUUGAUAAUGAUCCUAAAUAUGACAUUCACAACACAAACACUUCAUCGUGUCUCCUUAUUUCACAAGUGACUCGAAAUGACACUGGUAAAUAUACCAUUCAAAUAUCAAAUGGUGUAGGAGAACCAAAGUCACUGACAGUGUCUGUUAAAGUACAGGACACCCCAGCUGCUUGUAGAAAUUUGGCCUUUAAAGACGUUACUCGUGGAAAUGUUACACUUUGUUGGGAGCCUCCUCUACAGGAUGGUGGAGCAGAAAUCACCAAUUAUGUUGUUGAGAAAAGAGAUGCAUCAAAGCGUACAUAUGCUUGUGUGACAAAUAAAUGUACAGAGACCACAUAUGCCAUUGAGGAACUCUCUGAGAAGACGUCAUAUUUCUUCCGUGUAUUAGCAGAAAAUGAAAAUGGAAUUGGGGAUCCGUGUGAAACAGCAGAGCCAAUUAAAGCCACUGAGACACCAGGUCCAGUCAAAGAACUUGCUAUGAAAGAUUCCACAAAAACAUCAGUAACACUACAAUGGAACAAGCCAGAUUAUGACGGUGGUAGCAUUAUUACAGACUACAUAAUUGAAAAGAAACUACAGGGUCAAGAUGAAUGGUCACCUGCUGGCACAAACAAACACUGUGAACAUGAAAUUACAAAACUUAAGGAACUCACUGAAAUGUUUUUCAGAGUUUGUUCAAUGAAUGAAAAGGGUAAUAGUGACUUUGUUGAAAUUGGACCAAUUAAAGUAAAGGACUACAUUAUUGCACCAGAAGCGAACCUUGAUGAUUAUCCUGAUGGGCAAAUCAGUGUGCGCUUAGGACACAAUGUUCACAUUGAAUUGCCGUAUAAAGGUAAACCAAGACCAGCUAUUAUUUGGUUAAAGGACAAUUUGCCACUCAAAGAGAGUGACAGAAUUCGAUUUAAGAAGACCGAAAACAAGGCAACUUUAAUGAUAAAGAAUGUGGAGAAAGAGAAUGGUGGUAAAUACACACUUACUCUUGACAACACAUUCUUCAGAAGAUCAUUCCAUAUUCAAGUUAUUACUCUUGGGCCACCAGCUAAACCUAUCGGACCCAUCCGUCUGGAUGAGGUCAGAGCAGAAAGUAUAACAAUAUCUUGGGAUGAACCAAAUGAUGAUGGUGGGGGAAAAAUUACUUGCUAUGCAGUGGAAAAACGUGACACCUCUCAGACAGAAUGGAAGUUGGCUUGUUCAAAUGUGACUGGAACAUCAUUUAAGGUACCUAAUCUGAUCAAGGGAACCCAAUAUCAGUUCAGAGUCUGUGCAGAAAACAGAUAUGGUGUAAGUGAACCUUUAGUUUCCCAAAAUGUCAUUGCCAAGCAUGAGUUCCGACCACCAGGCGCACCAGGUCGGCCAAUAGUUUACAAUAUAACAAGCGAUGGCAUGACUCUUCAGUGGGAUAAACCCAUUUUUGAUGGAGGUUGUCCAGUCCUUGGGUUCCAUGUUGAAAAGAAGGAGAAGAACAGCAUAAUGUGGCAAAAGGUCAACACAGUCUUGGUGAAAGAAAGGGAGUUCAGGGUUCUUGGACUUCUUGAAGGUCUGGAGUAUCAGUUUAGAGUCUAUGCACAGAAUGAUUCUGGACACAGCCGCAUGAGUGAUGCAAGCAAACCCGUUAUGGCGGUUUCUCCAGUUGAUCCUCCUGAAACCCCUGACUACGUUGAUGUGACAAGUGACUCAGUAAAACUCAAGUGGGAAGCACCCAAACGAGAUGGCGGAAGCAAAAUUGUUGCGUACGAUGUCGAGAAACGUCAGAACCAGGAGCGGUGGUUGAAGAGCAAUUUUUCAGAUGUUACAGACACAGAAUAUACUGUGACUGGUCUUGCUUGUGGUGAACGCUACGAGUUUAGAGUCAUAGCAAGAAAUGCUAUUGGUACAGUGAGCCCACCCUCUCAGUCAUCUGGAUAUGUAGUAAUAAGAGAUGAGAGCUUUGCUCCAAACAUUGAGUUUGGCCAAGAGUACUUUGAGGGAGUCUCUCUUAAAGCUGGGGAAAACAUUAGACUCAAAGUAACAAUUACUGGAAGACCAACACCAAAGGUUACCUGGUUUAGAGAUUCUACUGAAUUAACCAAGAAAAUGGUUGACAUCACAACAACUACUGGGUCAAGCAUUCUGUUUAUCAGAGAUGCUGACCGUAGUCACCGUGGCGUUUAUACAGUGGAAGCCACAAAUUCCAUAGGAACUAAGAAGGAAGCAAUGAAAGUUGAAGUUUUUGAUACACCUGCAGAACCUGUGGGGCCAAUCAUGUUCUCAGAUAUAACUGAAGGCAAAGUGACACUUUCAUGGAAUCCACCAGAGAAUGAUGGCUGUUCUGAUAUUACGCAUUACAUUGUUGAGAAGCGUGAAACCUCUAAACUUUCAUGGUCACUUGUUACGGAUGAGUGCUUGAAUUGCACAUACACUGCAACCAAGCUGAUGAAGACCAAUGAGUAUCAGUUCCGUGUUUCUGCAGUCAAUAAGAUUGGUGUUAGUAGACCUCUGGAAUCAGCCCCUGUGAUUGCACAGAUGCAAUACACUGUUCCAGAUUCUCCUGGAACUCCUGAUGCAACAGAUGUUGAUGGAGAGAGUAUCACAAUCAGCUGGGCUCCUCCAACACAUGAUGGUGGAAACCCUAUUAAAUAUUACAUUGUGGAAAGACGUGAAAAGAAGACUGGUCGUUGGUUGAAGGUCUUAACAAGAAAACCCAUUGUUGAGGCCGCACACAGAGUGACUCAUCUCACUGAGAAUGUGGAGUAUGAAUUCCGUGUGUAUGCAGUAAAUGAUGCUGGAAUUGGAGAUCCAAGUAACAUUUCAAUACCAAUUAAGUGUGCAGAACCUACCGAAGUACCAGAUGCCCCAUCUAUUGUAAAUGUCAAGGACACUACAAAUACAUCUGUUAGCUUGGAGUGGACCAGACCUGCCCAUGAUGGUGGUAUGGAAGUCCACGGCUACAUUGUUGAGAUGUGCAAGGGAUCUGAAGAGACAUGGCUUAGAGUCAAUGAUGAUCUUUGUCAUAUUACUAAAUACACAGUCACUGGUUUGGAAACUGGUGCACAGUACAAAUUCCGAAUUUGUGCUGUCAACUCUGUUGGAAAGGGUAAACCCAGAGAGAUACCUGAGCCAGUACAAGCAGUAGAUAGACUGUUGGCACCAGAAAUUGAUAUUGAUGCAUCCUUCCAACAGACACAUAUUGUGAAAAGUGGAGGAAGUGUUUGUCUCCGUAUUGCCUUUAAGGGAAGACCAGCGCCAACAGCUUCCUGGACAAAAGAAGAUGGAGAACUCGGGGUUAUGUCAGAUAUCACCACCACUGAAACAUUCACAGCUUUAACUCUGGAGAACUGCUCCAGAAAUGAUACUGGAAAAUACACUCUCACUCUUGAGAACAGCAGUGGCAGUAAAUCUAUCACUGUUACAGUUAAAGUGUUGGACACACCCGGAAUGCCGGGGCCUAUCUUCAUCGAGGAAGUAUCAAAAGGAGCUCUCACUCUUGUUUGGGAUCCACCUCUGAAUGAUGGUGGUGCACGUGUUCAUCAUUAUAUUGUUGAGAAGCGCGAGGCCAGUCGUCGUACAUGGACAGAGGCAGCCCCCAAAACCACAGAAACAAAAUUGAGUAUCUCUGAUCUCCUGGAAAGUGUGCCUUAUUUCUUUAAAGUCAUGGCUGAAAAUCAGUAUGGUAUUGGUGAAGUGUACGAAAUGCCUGAACCAAUUAUUGCCACAGCUGAACCUGCUCCACCUAAGAGAGUUGAUAUAAUUGAUACUUCAGACACAACAGCAACCUUGGCCUGGCUUAAGCCAGAGCAUGAUGGAGGAAGCCGUGUCACAGGCUAUCGUGUUGAGUCAAAGGCUAAAGGCACAGGUAAAUGGUUUGCUUGUGGCACAACGAAAAACCUAACCUUUGUUGUUGAAGGCCUUAUUGAGAACUCAGAGUAUAAAUUCCGUGUCAAGGCUUGCAACGAUGCUGGGUUUAGUAUGCCAAGAGAAGUAUUAUCCUCAGUCAUCAUUAAAGAGCCACGCAUUGAACCCACUGCCGAUCUCAGUGGCAUCACCAACCAACUUAUUACUAAGAAGAUCGGUGACACAUUUGAGAUUGAUGUUCCAAUUAGUGGCAGACCUGCUCCGAAGGUAACCUGGAAGCUUGAGGAAAUGAGGCUAAAAGAAACUGAUAGGGUAUCAAUUAAAACUACCAAAAACAGAACCACUCUCACUGUUAAAGAAAGCAUGAGGGGUGAUGGAGGAAGAUAUUUCCUUACUCUUGAAAACGUCACUGGAUCUAAGACUUUUACUGUUAAUGUCAAUGUCAUUGGCAGACCAAGUCCUCCAGAGGGCCCUAUUGAAAUUUCCUCUAUUACAUCAGAGUCAUGCGUACUGACAUGGAAUCCACCUGAGGAUGAUGGUGGAACAGACAUUACCAACUACAUUGUUGAGAAGCGUGAGUCUGGCUCCACUGCCUGGCAGCUUGUUAACUCAAGUGUAAAGCGCACUACGAUCCAUAUUUCACAUCUGACUAAGUACAUGCAGUACACUUUCCGUGUCUGUUCUGAAAACCGAUUUGGUGUGAGCAAACCAACAGAAUCUGAGACAAUUGUUGCAGAGCAUCCAUUUGUUCCUUCAGGGGCUCCAACAAGGCCAGAAGUGUUUUUUGUAACUGCCAACAGCAUGAGUAUUCGUUGGGAGGAACCAUACCAUGAUGGUGGCAGCAAGGUCUCUGGAUACUGGAUUGAAAAGAAAGAGCGUAAUACAAUUCUCUGGGUGAGAGAAAACAAGAUACCAUGCUUUGAAUGCCACUACAGGGUCGAAGGCCUUGUUGAAGGCCUUGAAUACCAGUUCAGAGUCUAUGCAAUGAAUAGCGCUGGCCUCAGCAAAGCAAGUGAAGCAUCAAAAAGAGCAGUGGCACAAAACCCAGUUGAUCCUCCAGGAAAACCAGAAGUUACAGGUGUAUCAAGAUCAACAGUCUCAGUCAAAUGGUCUGCGCCUCUUAAUGAUGGUGGAAGCCCAAUCACAGGCUACAUUGUUGAGCGAAAGCCAUAUAGUCUCACUGGAGAAGGUCGAUGGCUUAAGUGCAACUACACUAAUGUUACUGACACAAAUUUCACUGUCACUGCACUGGGAGAAGGAGAAGAAUAUGAAUUCCGUGUCAUUGCCAAAAAUGCUAAUGGAGUUUUCAGCACGCCAUCCGUUUCCACAGGACCUGUGACCUGCAAAGCAGAGUACAUUCCUCCCAAAGCAGAGUUGGACAGCAAACUUCUUGUGGACACGGUUACAGUCAGAGCUGGAUCCGAUCUGGUACUUGAUGCUGCUGUCGGAGGUAAACCUGAACCAAAGGUUUGCUGGGCCAAGGGUCCAAAAGAGCUAGAGCUUUGUGAUAAGUAUUCUCUCCAGUACACCAGUACCCGUGCCAUGGCAAUCAUCAAGUUCUGUGACAGAGAUGAUACUGGGAAGUAUAUUUUGACAGUAAAGAAUGCAAGUGGCACCAAAACUGCAGAAGUCAAUGUUAAAGUACUUGAUACACCUGGCCCUUGUCGGGACAUUACAGUCAGCAAUGUAUCAGAGGAAAAAUGCACAGUGUCUUGGAAAGAGCCACUGGAAGAUGGAGGUGACCCCAUCACACAUUACACUCUUGAAAGAAGAGACACCAACAGACUCAACUGGGUUAUAAUAGAGGCUGAAUGCAAAGCUCUAACAUACGAAAUCAGAAGGCUUUUAAAGAACAUUGAAUAUAUUUUCCGUGUGAGAGGUGUGAACAAGUAUGGCGCUGGUGUGGUGGUACAGUCUAGCCCCAUCGUUGCAAGAAACUCAUUCACUGUCCCAUCGCCUCCUGGAGCACCAGAAAUCCUUGCAGUUGGAAAAGACUUUGCAACAAUUGAAUGGCUAAAGCCUGAAAGUGAUGGUGGCAGUGAAGUCACAAACUACUUAAUUGAGUUGCGUGAAAAAAAGAGUGCUAGAUGGAUCAAGGUUAACAGAAAUUUGAUUCUCAAGGACACAUCCUUUAAAGUCACUGGUCUCCAUGAAGGCAACAUUUACCAAUUCCGUAUAACAGCCAUGAAUGCAGCUGGUGAUAGUGAACCGAGUGAAGUGUCAAUGUAUGCAGUAUGUAAAGUAAAAACUGGCACUCCAGAUGCUCCCACAAUUCCACGUAUUACAGACACACACAAAGAGAGUAUUACUCUUGCCUGGACACGGCCUGUUGAAGAUGGUGGCGCUGAUAUCAUUGGGUACAUUCUUGAGAUGCAAGAAGUUGGUUCAGAAGAAUGGAAAAAGGUGCAUGAAAAGAAUCUUAGGCUGACUGAACACACCGUCACAGACCUGACUGCUGGCAAAAAAUACUGUUUUAGAGUUGCGGCAGUCAAUGUAAAUGGAGCAGGUGACUUCAGUGAUCCAUGUGCAGAAACAGAGCCUGUAGAAAGAAUUGAAAUCCCUGACCUUGAGCUGCCUGAUGAACUGACAAAGACGAUAUGCCUGAGAGCAGGAAGUUCCCUGCGCCUUCAUAUAGCUAUUACUGGAAGACCAUUCCCAACUAUAACAUGGAGCAAACCUGGUGUGGAUCUUCAAAAUCGUGGCUUUAUAGAAGUCACUAACACUGCUACAACUCUCAUUAUUGAUAAAGUGCACCGCUAUGAUGCUGGCAGAUAUACUCUAGAAGCCUCAAAUACAGCUGGAAAGAAGGAUGCAAGCAUUCUUGUUAAAAUCUAUGAUACGCCUGGUCCACCUGGUCCUAUUAAAAUGAAAGAGCUUACAAAGGAUUCUGCUCAUAUUACUUGGGAUGCUCCUGAGGUUGAUGGUGGAGCACCUGUCAAUAAUUAUAUCAUUGAAAGGCGGGAAGCAUCAAUGAGAGCAUACAAGACUAUUACAUCCAAAUGCAGCAAGACAUCAUACAAAAUUGUUGGUCUGACAGAAGGAAUGAUGUAUUACUUCAGAGUCUUACCAGAAAAUAUCUAUGGUGUCGGUGAACCUUGUGAGACAAGUGAUGUUGUUUUGGUGUGUGAAGUUCCACUACCACCAGCCAAGCUUGAAGUUGUAGAUGUUACCAAGUCCAGUGUGUCACUUGCGUGGGAGAAACCUUUACAUGAUGGAGGCAGCAGAAUCACAGGCUACAUUGUUGAGGCUUGUAGGGCUGGUACUGACAAGUGGAUGAGGGUGGCAACUUUAAAACUCACAGACUUUGAGUUCACUGUCGUGUCACUGAACGAGAAUGAGCAGUACCUCUUCAGGGUACGUGCCAUUAACAGCAGAGGUGCUGGUGAGCCAAAAGAAAUUGUGACCGCUGUGACAGUUCAAGAACAAAGAGUUAUGCCAAAGAUCGAUUUAUCAACUAUUCCAAAUAAGGUGAUCAGUGUUUUGGCAGGCAAACCCCUUGAGCUUAACCUGCCACUCGUAGGAAGACCACCACCAGUUUGCUCUUGGUUCUUCAAUGACAAUAAAGUAAAAAUACAAGAGCGUGUGAAGAUUAAGUCAACUGGAAAAUUCUCUAAAAUAACUAUUCUUAACACCACCAUUGAUGAUAGUGGAGUUUAUACUCUUGAAGUGAAAAACAUAACAGGAGUGACUACUGAAAACAUCAAAGUCAUCAUUCUUGAUAAACCCGAUGAACCUCAAGGCCCUAUACGACUUGAUGAAAUUGAUGCAACUUCAGUUACAAUAAGCUGGGAUCAGCCUAAGAGAGAUGGUGGUGCUCCUGUCAGUAGCUAUGUGGUUGAACAACGCGAUGCUCAUCGUCCAGGAUGGGUGCCUGUGUCUGGAUCAGUUAGCAGACCAACAUUUAAGUUUGACAGAUUGACAGAGGGCAAUGAAUAUGUGUUCCGUGUUGCAGCAACUAAUCGCUAUGGCACUGGAGAAUACUUGCAGUCAGAAACUGUAUUGUGCAAGAGCUUCAAAUCUAUUCCGGGGCCACCUGGCAGACCAAUUGUCUUCGAUGUCUCACGUGAUGGCAUGACUGUUGCCUGGGAGCCACCAGAUGAGGAUGGAGGAUUAGAGGUGUCUGGCUAUAUUAUUGAACGCAAGGAGGUCAGAGCUGAUAGGUGGAUUCGUGCCAACAAAAAUCCAGUGACAAUGACAAGAUACAGGUCCACUGGUUUGAUUGAAGGCUUGGAAUAUGAGCACAGAGUGACGGCCAUCAAUGCUCGUGGUGUUGGCAAACCUAGCCUUCUUUCUAAACCAGCAGUAGCAACUGAUCCAGUUGAUCCACCUGGAUCACCUCAAAACCCAAGAAUCACAGAUACCACAAAAUCUUCUGUGUCUUUGACCUGGAGUCCUCCAGAUGAAGAGGGUGGCUCAAAGGUUUCAGGCUAUUUAAUUGAGAUGCAAAAGGUUGGUUCAGUAACCUGGAUAAAGUGCAACACCACACCAUCUCUGAUCUGUGAAUAUACUUUGACACAAAUGCCACAAGGGGAGCAAUUCAAAUUCCGUGUCAUGGCUUGCAAUGCUGGUGGACCAGGUGAACCAGCUGAAGUACCAGGAGUUGUGACUAUAACAGAGAUGCUUGAUCCUCCAAGUUAUGACCUUGAGGCAAAGUACAAAGACGUUCUUGUAGUCAGAUCAGGAGGAGUCAUCAAACUUUCUGUGCCUAUCAAAGGCAAACCUACUCCUACCUGCAAAUGGACCAAAGAUGGAUCAGAGGUGACUAAUCGUGCAAUGCUUGCCUCCAAUGAAGACAUAAAUGAGCUUGUAAUUAAAGAGGCUGAAAGGUCUGAUUCAGGCAUUUACAAUCUCCAACUGGAAAACAAGUGUGGCAAAAAGACGGUAUCCAUCAAGGUUAAGGUAAUUGGCCGUUCAUCUGCACCUGAAGGCCCUCUCCGAAUCGAUGACAUUCAAGCACAUUCUGUAAGACUUGGUUGGACACCUCCAGCAGAUAAUGGUGGUUCAGAAAUCGUUGGCUACAUUGUGGAGAGACGAGAAGCUACAAAAGCAGCUUGGUACACUGUUGACUCUCGGGUCAUUGAUACGUCUUUUGUAGUUAAAGGAUUACAAGAAAAUGUUGAAUACCACUUUAAGGUGACUGCAGAGAACCAGUUUGGAAUCAGCAACUCCUUGAAAUCUGAGGGAACAAUUGUACCAAAGACUCCAAUCUGUGUACCAGAGGCUUCAGGUACUCCACCAGAGAUCAUGGAUGUUACUAAGAGUUCUGCUGCUUUGGCUUGGACUAAACCCAAAGAUGAUGGUGGAUCUCGCAUUAUUGGUUACUUCAUUGAGUACAAAGAAGUGUCAUCUGAUAAGUGGAUUCGUCAUGAGAAAAUGAUUACCUUAACAAUGUACACCCUCAGUGGACUCACCACUGAUGCUGAGUAUCAGUUCCGUGUUAUUGUUGUAAAUGCCAUUGGAGAGAGUGAACCAGGACCUGCAUCGGAUUCAGUAGUAUGCAAAGAUCCAUUUGAUAAACCAAGUCAGCCAGGAGAAAUUGACACCGUGACUGUAACAAAAGACUACAUUACAAUUCACUGGGAAGCUCCAGAGUGUGAUGGUGGAAAACCAGUCCUUGGUUACUGGAUUGAAUACAGAAAGUCUGGAGAGAGCGCCUGGAAGAAAUGCAAUAAAGAGCGCACAAAGGACAAAGAAUAUACUCAGGGGGCUUUACAAGAGGCAACUGAAUAUGAAUUCCGUGUAUUUGCUGAAAAUGAAACCGGAAUCAGUAGGCCACGCAGAACAGCAACUGGCAUUAAAACUAAACUGGGUGUUGGAUCUCAACCAGGUCUUAGGAAAGAGAUGGAUGAAGUGACUGCCAAACUUGGACAGACAGCAACUCUCAAAUGCCAGAUUAUUGGAAGACCUGUUCCAGAAAUAAAAUGGUACAAGGGUGGAAAGGAAAUCAUGGAAGGCAACAAAUAUGCUGCAACAUCUGAUGGCCGCAACCAUACACUGACCAUUUCAACAGAUCAACAAGAAGAUGAGGGUCUGUACACAUGCAAGGCUGUAAAUGAAGCCGGUGAAUGUGAGACCAGUGGAACUCUAGUCCUUGAAGCAGCACCACAGUUCCCAGUGCCACUGAAAGACAAAUACUUUGCAACAUGUGGCAGCACGGUGCGCAUUCAUGUUGUUUACAUUGGUCGACCUCAGCCUAAGAUCAUGUGGCUUUAUGGUGCCAAAACCUUGGAGCCCUCUGAAAAUAUCAUUAUUGAAAACACAGAGUAUUACACUCAUUUGAUUCUUAAGAACGUACAGCGCAGAGUACAUGGAGGAAAAUACAGAAUCAGAAUCAACAACCACUUUGGCUCUGCAGAUACAGUGACUCAAGUUGAAAUCUUAGAUAAACCUGCUGUGCCAGAAGGUCCACUUGUUCUUGAUGCUUUAUUGAAGAAUUCAGUGAUCAUUAGCUGGAAAGCACCCAAGGAUGAUGGAGGAUCUAUGAUCACUAAUUAUAUUGUAGAAAAGCGUGAAGACAAGGAGGAUGCAAAGUGGGAACUUGUAUCAUCAUCCAUCACAGGCACUUCAUGCAGAAUUCCAAACCUUGUUGAAAAUGAGGGGUACUUCUUCCGGGUUUCAGCACAAAAUCGUUAUGGCAAUAGUGACUUACUUGAGACUCCUUCUGCAAUCCUCAUCAAGAGUCAGCUAGAGAGGCCAGGAGCUCCAUUCAAACCAGUGGUCUCUGGACUGACCAAAAGCUCCUGUGUUGUUUCUUGGAAACCGCCCCUCAUUGAUGGAGGCUCUAAAAUUAAGAACUACUGCCUUGAAAAGCAAGAUAAAAAGAAGGGUGAAUGGACUGUGGUUACAACAGAUGAAAUCCAUCAGACUGUUUAUUCUGUGAAGGGUCUAACCGAAGGUGUAAUGUAUGAAUUCCGGGUGAAAUGCGAAAACCUUGGGGGAGAAAGUGAGUACAGCGAAGUGUCUGACCCUGUCAUUCCUAAGACCGAUAUUGAUAUACAGGCUCCUGCCUUUAAGGAAGACCUCAGAAAUAUGAGUGUGAAAUUCAAAAGCAAUGCUACAUUUGUCUGCAAGAUAACAGGGCAACCCAAGCCUGUAAUAAAAUGGUUCAAGCGUGGUAAAGAAAUUCAGGCUGAUGGCACAAAAAUCAAGAUCCAAGAAUUUAAGGGUGGCUACCAUCAGCUUGUUAUUGCUGACUGUGAGGCAGAAGACUCAACUGUAUAUCAGAUCAGAGCAACAAACCAGGGUGGAUCUAUUUCUGCUACCGUUUCUUUAGAUGUUGAAGUCCCUGCUAAGAUUCACCUACCCAAGAAUCUGCAAGGAAAGGAGGCUAUCCCUGCCCUUCGUGGUGAAAUAGUAAACAUCAAGAUUCCAUUCAGUGGAAAACCAGAUCCAGUUAUCACCUGGCAAAAAGGACAAGACCUCAUUGAUAACAAUGGACACUAUCAAGUCAUUGUCACAAGAUCAUUUACAUCUCUUGUAUUCCUAAAUGGAGUUGAACGGAAUGAUGCUGGUUUCUAUAUAGUAUGCGCCAAAAACAGAUUUGGAAUUGACCAACAAACAGUUGAGCUUGAUGUUGCAGAUGUACCUGAUCCACCACGUGGCAUCAAAGCCAGUGAUGUUUCUAGAGAUUCGGUAACACUUAACUGGGUGGCACCUGCCAAUGAUGGCGGCAGUAGAGUCACAAACUAUAUUAUAGAAAAGUGUGCCACCACUGCAGAAAGGUGGAUUCGUGUUGGCCAGUCUCGUGACACCCACUACACUGUUGUCAAUCUGUUUGGAAAGACAAGUUAUCAAUUCCGUGUCAUAGCUGAAAGCAGAUUUGGUCAGAGUGCACCAUCUGAGUCAAGUGGACCUGUUGUGACAAAGGAAGACAAGUCAAGAAUGCUUAACUAUGAUGAAGAAGUAGAUGACACCAGGCCUGUUUCCAAGAGCAAAGCUCCUCAUUCAGAAGCUACAAAUCUUCACAACAAGUACAUGAUUGCUGAAGAGCUUGGUCGUGGACAGUUCAGUAUUGUACACAGGUGUGUUGAUAUCAGCUCUGAGAAGACUUACAUGGCCAAAUUUGUCAAAGUAAGAGGUGCAGAUCAGGCACUUGUGAAGAAAGAAAUUGCAACAUUGAACUUGGCUCGCCACAAGAACUUCUUAUUACUACGCGAGUCAUUUGACAGCCCUGAAGAGUUGGUCAUGAUUUAUGAGUUCAUCUCUGGUGUUGACAUAUUCGAGCGUCUUGGUACAGCUGACUUUGAGCUCAAUGAGCGUACAAUUGUUACCUAUAUCAGACAAGUGUGUGAAGCUCUUGAAUUCCUUCACAGCAAAAGCUAUGGUCACUUUGAUAUCAGGCCUGAAAAUGUAGUGUAUACCACAAGAAAAGGACAUAACGUGAAGAUUAUUGAGCUUGGACAAGCAAGACACCUUACACCUGGGGAGCAAAUCAAAAUUCAGUUUACCACUGCUGAGUUUGCAGCACCAGAAAUACAUCAAAAUGAGUUGGUUAGCACUGUAACCGAUAUGUGGUCCGUGGGUGUCCUUGUGUAUGUACUUCUCAGUGGACUUAAUCCAUUCAGUGCUGAAACACAUCAGCAAAUAAUUGAGAGCAUUUCAAAUGCAGAGUACAGUUUUGAUGAUGAAGCCUUUAAGGAUGUAAGUGUUGAGGCACUAGACUUUGUGGACCGUCUACUUACCAAAGAGCGUAAACAUCGUAUGACUGCUGCUGAGGCUUUGAAUCAUCCUUGGCUGACAAUGAACACAGAACAGCUAAACACGAAGUCCAUCAAGAUUACACGUCACAAGCGAUAUUACCAAGCCAUGGCGAAGAAAGAAUGGAACACCGUUGUCUCAUCUGCUCGUGUUGCCAGUGGUGGUUCUAUCAGAAGUCAACGAGGAGUAACGGUUGCUAAAGUUAAGAUUGCACCAUUUGAACAUGGUCCAGUUGCAGGACAAAUUAAACACAGUCUUGCAGAUGAAGGUGAUGAUAUUAAGUUCAUCUGCAACAUUGACAAUUAUGAUAACAGUACUGAAGUAACAUGGUACUGUGGAGUAAGACAAUUAGAAGAAAGUUCUAAAUACGAAAUUACUUAUGAGGACGGCCUUGCUACCAUAACUAUCAAGGGAAUCACCCGACCAGAUGAUGGAACAUACAGAUGUAAAGUUGUCAAUGAGUAUGGUGAGGACAGUGCCUAUGCAGAGCUUUUUGUAAGAGGGGUAAGAUCCUAUCGUGAGUUCUUCACUACACGUGUGGUAAAGAAAGUCAAACGCAGAGUGGACACAACAAGAUUACUCCAAAGACCUCCUGAAUUUACUUUGCCUUUGUGCAACCGCACAGCUUACAUUGGAGAGAACGUACGCUUCGGUGUCACCAUCACAGUGCAUCCCGAACCUCGUGUACUGUGGUUAAAAACUGGUCAAAAGAUUGUACCAGGAGAUGAUGACAAGAAAUAUACUUUCAUCACUGACAAGGGCCUGUAUCAGUUAAUCAUUCAUAAUCUUGAUCCAGAUGAUGCUGCAGAAUACACUGUGGUGGCAAGGAAUAGAUUUGGUGAAGACAGCUGCAAGGCUCGUCUAACAGUGGUUCCUCGCCCUGCUCCUGCUGAUAACACCCUGAGACCCAUGUUCAAACGUCUUCUUGCUAAUUUGGAAUGCAAAGAAGGACAGAGUGUACGUUUUGAAAUGCGAGUGUCAGGGCAUCCUUCAUUGAAAUGGGAGAAAGAUGGCAUGCCUUUGGCAUUUGGUCCACAAAUUGAAAUUGUCCAUGAAGGCUUAGAUUAUUAUGUCUUGCACAUAAAAGAUACUCUUCCAGAGGAUUCUGGCACAUACCGAGUCAUUGCAACUAAUUCAGCUGGGUCUGCAAGUUGCCAAUCCACCCUCAAAGUUGAACGUGUGACACGCGUAAGGAAGGAAUUUGAGAGCGUGGAGGAUAAGAGGAAAAAACAAGAACAGCAAGAGAUUGAUAAGAAAGUAAGACUAACUCAGAUUCUUGCUGGUGCGGAUGUUACCCCACUUACUCCAGUUGCACAGCAAGCCAUAAGAGAAGCUGCAACCAUGUUCAAGCCAGCAAUCACUACCAAGAAAGUGAAAAGUGAAGCUGAGGAAGCCAAAGAGAAAGAGGAGAAAAGGAAGAGAGCUGAGGAAAAAAGGUUACGAAUGCCAUAUGAUGUUCCUCCACCACGUGUUGUUGGUCCUACUGCUCUUGAGGAGGAUAUGGAAAUCAAGCACUUUGUACCAUUUUCUGAUAUGAAGUGGUACAAGAAGCUUCGUGACCAAUAUGAGUUCCCAGAGCCAAUCGAAAAAUUUCCCCAGAAAAGACUCAAACGUAUCCGGCUGUCAAGGUGGGAUCAGUUCUAUGAAGUACCCAUGCCAAGAAUUAAAGACCAAUACAAGCCCAGAUGGCAUAUUCCAGUUUCACAGGAUGAUCUUGAGACUGUAAGACCAGCAAGACAUCGCACACCUUCUCCAGAAAUGGAGUAUUACUACAGAAUGAGGAGACGUUCUCUUGGAGAUCUUUCUGAUGAGGAACUGCUUCUUCCAGUUAAGGAUUACCUGUCAAUGAAGAGAACAGAAGAGGAAAGGCUUAAACUUGAGGAUGAACUUGCGUUGGGCUACUCUGCUUCCCCACCAAGUCUGAGCCCUGUACGCUUUGAACUCUCUGCACUACAGCAUCCAUCGCCAAAGAGAGUUGUAUAUGAUGGUGAGAAGAAAAAAGGGGAAGUUCCAACAUAUGACUCUUAUCGUAUUCCCUCGAAAUACGAGGCAGGUCCAAGCUAUAUCGACUUGCGUCAACGCCAUGAUAAGACGACAUACAGACCUCCAAGAGAAAAGCAAAGAUUAUAUGAAGAAAAAGAGGAUCAUGAACUGCUUAGAUCAGUAACUACCACCACAAGAUUAACAUCCUAUAAGACCCAACUACAGCAGAUAGAGUUUGAGGAAAAAACAAAGGUGAAAAGAAAAGAGAAAACAAAAGUUUCUGUAUCUGCAUCAAGCGAGGCAGCAGCAACUGAUAUUUCUACAUCAUUUUCUUCUGGCUAUGUCAGAGUGACUCAUCCUAAAUCUGAGAAACUUUCUGCAGCUGUGACUGAAAAAGAAGUGGUAAGAACAUAUUCACCGGAAAAACCACGCCCACGUUCCCCCAGCCUCGAUUCAUUUGAAAAGGCAGCCACUACACAAGACCUCUCAACAAAGGUUGAUUAUAUGUCAAGGUAUGAGUCAAAAAAGAAAGCAUUAAAAACUGAGAGGAAGUUUGAAGUUGUGACCCAGGAGCCUUUCAGCCUUGACCAUGCUCCCAGAGUGACUGUAAGAAUGCGCUCACACCGUGUGCCAGUUGGUCAAAACACCAAAUUUACCCUAAAUGUUCAAUCUAAGCCAGAUGCACAGAUUAAAUGGUACCACAAUGGGCUGCAGAUUGAAGAAAGCAGAAAGUACCGCAUGUUUAACAUGAGUGGUGUUUUGUCUCUUCAAAUCAUUGAUUGUCAGGAAGAGGACAGUGGCACCUAUCGUGUUGUUUGCACAAAUGCAAAGGGAGAGGCCUCUGACUAUGCCACUCUAGAUGUUGCUGAAGGCGUGUUCUCUGCAUUUGCCUCACAGCGCAAAGAUGAGGAACCACCAUCACCCUUUGUCCCAGAGAUGACAAAAACCGAUGUUUAUCACGUUUCCACAACCAAAGCAGCAACCACAUCAGAAGCUGCAGUAUCAGAAAAAGUUGCAGUAUCUGAAACUAAAAGUAAGACCAUGGAGACUGUCGUUAAGGAGGAGUAUGCAACAUCUGAGGUCAAGCUUGAAGCUAUGGAAGUGACCACAGUUAAGAAAGUUGUGGUUGAGAAAACAUCUUCAACUGCACUUGAAGCUACAAAAAUGACAACGGUAGAGGAAAAGGUGGUUGAGAAAAAGAAGUCUACUUUUCCAGCUUCAAUUCUAACUAAACCACAAUCACUCACAGUAUCAGAGGGGGAAUCAGUCAAAUUCACAUGUGAUGUUAAUGGAGAUCCUGCACCCACUGUAACAUGGCUACGAGAAGCGCAAGUAAUUGUGUCGUCUCAUCGUCACCAUAUUACCUCAGUGGAAUAUAAAUCUACUUUCGAGAUUACCCAAGUUGAAACUUCAGAUGGAGGUAAUUACACUGUAGUGGUAGAGAAUGCUGAAGGUAAACAGGAGGCACAGUUCAGUCUGACUGUUCGUAAACCAACACCUGUACAAAAAGUUGUCGCUUCACCUCCAAGAGUAAAGUCUCCAGAGUCUCCUCGUAUAAAAUCACCGAUGGGAAUUAGGUCUCCACUGAGAAUGAAAUCACCUGAGCCAAUCAAAUCUCCGCCGAGAGUAAAGUCUCCACCCACACCAAAAUCACCUACAUCCAAACCAGUUUUCUCAUCAGAACUGAAAGACAUAUCAGCUUCCGCAGAUUCUAUUAUAAAACUUACAGUGACAAUGACUGGUGAACCUAAACCAGUGAUCUCCUGGAUGAAGGAUGGAAAGAUACUCUCUCAGGGAGGAAAAUAUGAAAUCUAUGAAGAACAUGGUUCAGCACAUCUCGAAAUCUAUGAAUCGGAUGCCGCUGAUAGUGGAGUGUACACAUGUACAGCCAAAAACACUGCUGGAUCAGUUACUACAAAAUGCACCGUUACCAUUAAAGCAAAAACCUCAGCAGUUGCAUUGCAAAGAAAAACUGAACUGACUGAGCAAAUAAUGAAAAAAGACAUCGCCUAUGAGGAAGUACAGUCUUAUAAAGAAAUCAAAGCAUCAAAAACCCAAGUGAAAAUGGGUGAAGGUCAGACUGUCACACUACGAGCGGGCAUCCCAGGGGCAUCUGAUGUGAAGUGGAUCCUGAAUGGAAUUCAGCUAUCAAAUUCGGAAAACUACAGAUAUGGCGUGUCAGGCACUGAUCACACAUUGACAAUUAAAAGUGUCAGCCACCGCGACCAGGGAAUUCUCACAUGUGAGGCCAGAACUGAGCAUGGUGUGGUCAGGUGCCAGUUCGACAUAACCAUCAGUGAAAUGUGUUCUGCACCAAAUUUCCUUGUGCAACCACACUCCCAAAAUGUUAAUGAGGGACAAAAUGUCACAUUCUCAUGUGAACUCACUGGCGAACCUACUGACAUUGAGUGGCUCAAGGAUAACACACUGGUAACAGUUACAUCAAACAUAAAACUAAGCCGAUCUAAGAGUGUCUACAAACUUGAGAUUCACAAUGCUGCCAUCGAAGACAGUGGAAAAUAUACAAUCAUAGCAAAGAACAAAUAUGGACAGUGCUCUGCAACAGUAUCACUGAAUGUGCUUACUCUGGUUGAGGAACCUGCCAAAAUGGUAAUUAUGGAGAGAAGCUCUGAUGCUACCAGCAUCCAAGGCAGCUUAUCUGCCAAGCAUGCCAUUUCAAAAAUGCAAGAGACAUCCUUCAGCAGCGGCAGCAUGUCUGCGGUUAAAUUUGAGAGCAUGUCAGCAUCUAGCAUGUCCUCCAUGUCGUCUGAAGCGAGAGCAUCUAUGAGCUCUAGCAGUAUGAUGGCAAUGAGUUCCAGCAGUAUGAUGGCAAUGUCCAGUCACUCGCAUGUUGAGGGGUCAUCCAUCAGAGCAAUUACUCGUGGCCUCAAAGGUAUACCACCAAAGAUAGAAGCCGCCCCUGAGAAUAUCAGCAUCGAGUCCGGAAAGGUCCUGACUGUAGCAUGUGCUUUUAUCGGAGACCCAACUCCUUCCAUAGAAUGGAUACAUUCAGGAAAGACACUGUCCGGCAAGGAGGGGAGCGGAAGGUUCCGGAUCGAAAAUUCUGAAGAUCUCACCACUCUUGUUAUAAGUAGCGUGAAAGAGACUGAUGCUGGAGCAUACACCUUAAAACUGUCUAAUGAGUUCGGAUCAGAUACCACCACUGUUAAUGUCCGCAUUCGAUCUAUGUAAAAAAAUUAUAUAAUAGUAAUUCAACCCUCACCCCAUUUCCCUCAUUCAGUACCUUUCUAUUUAUAGAAUGAGAAAAAAAAGAAACUCUUCUAGAUGUCUGUUCUUGUAAAUAUGAACUAUUUUUAUACCAAACUUGACUUAAAUUUUUGCCAAACUAGACUAAAGUCUAAAGUUGUUAUAAAAUGUGCCAUAUUGGAUGAUUAUGACCAGAGGUUCUGCAACAUUUUGUGACAUGUACAUAAUGUAUAUAGCCGAAUUUACCGGUUAUGGAAAAUGUAUGCAUUGUUAUUUAUGACAAACAAAUGGAACUAAAUGUUUAACAGGAGAAAGUUUCGCACGAAACGAAUACCCUGUUAAACCUGAAACGAAACGAAACUAUGUGCCUCAACAGUAAGUUGAAGUCUUAAGUUUGCCUCAACAGGUAGAGAGGCUCCCUGUUGAAGUUUGACUAAAAUCAGCGAGACAAAGUUAUGCACUGUGCAUUUGUGCGUGCAGCAAUGCAGCACACAAGAAUUUAAGACCUGAACGUAAGACCUUGAAUGUUGUUUGCAUCCUACCCUCAUGUAAGCAACAUGACUAGGCCUUGUGCUCAGACUGACAAAGUCAUACCGCCAUUUUGAUGACACGCUCAAUGUGCAAGCGGCCUGCACAAUGAGCUCAUGAUAACGUUUGUGCGCGGUUUCUGACAAAGGACUGCUUGAAUUUUGAUUUUAUGAAGUAACAUCACCUGGCCAUUUAAUGAAAAUCGAUUCGAGUACUUCUCGGGCAGAAGCCGUGCCAACUCUUGGAGGAUUGCUAGGUUAUAUUUUGUGUGUUUGUGUGUGUGUUAGCAUUAGAAUCUCGGUUUGUCAGUAGUCAGGGUAUUCAUCAGGCAAUGUACCGCAGAGCCUUCACGUGCUAUGCAAAGAAAAGAAAAAUAUGUAUGAAUGUAAUACCCUGCACAUUGAAUUAUUAGAAAUAAUUGAUGUAGUAUUACCCAUAUAUUCAGCCUCCUUGAGUUUAAUGAAUUAUUGUUUUAAUAAAGCAUGUUUUCAGCACCAUAAAA